GAGCAGGAUGACUGAUGAGUUCACAUGUAAAACAUCAUCUUACGGGUCAUGACAUCUGCACUAACUUCACUCUAUGGCCAUUUGCAUGACAACCCUGGGCUGUCCAGACACUCUCAGUGGUCACAUGACGGCCGCACGGAAGUUUUUGCACUUUUAAGUAAUCAAAUUAAACCAAAAGCAGCCAGAGACACAACGGAAUUCAUAGCUGUCAGCUCUAAAAAUAAAACUCUACUCCACUCUGUGCGUAUAGAAGCUUUUAUUUUGAAAGGCUCGGGCGGAAGUUGUAUUUACGUUUCUAUUAACUUGACGUGACAAGCUUGUGGGUUGUUGCUGCAACUGCUUUUCAUCCGUGUGAAAAAUGUUAUCCGCUACUUGUUGUCCGAGUCGUGGUCGACAAUUUACACCGAAAAAAACAAACGGCAGAUUGUUCGAGUGGACUGGAUACUCUCUAAACAUUGAAAAGGUAAGAAAAUGACAAGAAUUUAUUAUUUUUUCUUCGGAGACACUUCCCGAAAACAGCUGAUAAGAGUAGUCACUUCAACUUUGUAAGCUUUAAAUCCCUGAAAUUCAUCCCUUUACGUCCAAAUGUGUCCCUGUUUGCUGGUUUGAGAUGCUGUGAUAGAAACAAGUUUAGUUAAACUACAUAAAUAAAUUAAGUUUUAUAACUCUGAAAGCUUUUUCGAGAGCAGACCGUUAGUCGUGUCAAGUUCUGCUUUUGGUGACUUACUUUGAAAUGAAGAAGAGGAAAUAAUUCACCACCUGAAUUUGGUUCAUUUUGAAUUACCAGUCGUUUUUGGUGACUUUUUUCCCCCCUCUCUCUCUGGAAAAUGCGGGGACGAUAGCGGCUGACUGUUGGGUUGUUUAUCCCAAGAGGAAUUCAUUAUUUUUAAGCUGCAUGGCUGAAGGAAGGAAAGAGCUGACCCUUAAAUCAAGAUGUGAACCACACCUACAACUAAGAUGGUCGAAAAAGAGCUUUUAUUUUUCCCUCUAAAUGUUCAGCAUGGACUAAUAAAGUAAGAACUGUGAAUCUGUAACAGGUGGCCAUUCAUUAGAAACCUAAUGCACAUCAAAUUCUGGGGUUUUCCGUCUUUCUCAAUGAUGAACUAUUUUAGCACCACAACAAGGCUAAAAUAGUUCAUCAUUGAGGGCUCCUGUAUGUGGUUUUUGUAGCUCAUACAUAGUAUAUCUGAUAAAGAGUGAAACUGCCUGUAUCAGAUGCUUUGUUAAGUGGAAACGUUGAUAGUUUUUUUUCCUUUUCUGUACUCAUGAACUCUGUGUGAAAGUGGAAAAGGAAGAGAGGUUUUUUCUUUGCAUUGUGGGUAACCCUAAAAAUAGAGGCAUGAAUGUUUUAUCUAAAAUAGAUCAUCUUGAUUUGAGAAGUUUGAGGGCUGUUUUGUGUUCUUACAGAUGCUUGGCUUCUUGACAUGCAAUUGAUGUCUUUUGCUGCUGCUGCAAAUUUCCCACAAAACAUUUACAUCGAUAUUAUUGCUUUCUUUCUUAUUUUAUUUGCACAUUUAUAUUUAUUUCCAUGGCCUAGGAAUGAUUAUGAAGAUUUGAUGAUUGUAUCAUGAAUAAUCUACAACAGUGGUUCUCAACUGGUCUCACUCUGGGACCCACAAUUUCCCAUGGGCCUUAAGUCAAAUCCUAUUUUUAUAAAAUGCAAACCAAGCAAAUUUGUUUUUUGUAACCAAAAAAACCCCUAAAGACUCAAAUCUUUAAUAUAAAUACACCCAUUUUAUUGAGUAAAGUGCAUUUCAGAGCACAUGAACUGAGGACAACACUAAAGUUGCAUAUAUGAAAAAUAUCAAAUAUCAAAUUGAACAAAAUGAAGACCAAAUACUACUACUACUACUACUACUAGUAUGACGCAUGCCUUUCAAAAUGAGCUAUUUUUUAAAAUAAAAGACAUGUCAAACAUCCGAUGCGGGUUUGGGUUGGGACCCACAAGUUGAGAACCACUGAUCUACAACAAAGUAGUUUCUCUCUGGGGGAUUUAUUUAAGUAUGUUUCCUGUCUUUUUGAUCUGUUAACAUGACUUGGGGAGUUUGUUUCCAUUAGUGUGAGAAAAUUCAAGCAGAGCACAAGAAUUUAUUAAGACCUUCGGGCAUUGAAAGAAAAAGUAUAUGCCCAAACAGAGCUACUAAUUCAUAUUUUCAAAGGAUGACACAGAAUUUAAGAUAUCAAACUGAAUGUUGGUCUAAAGUGCUAUUGCUCAUUGGGGAAUAUGUAUAAUCUUUCGACCCCCAAACCUAACCUUUGUUUCUUGUUUUGCUUUGCUAGUAGCAAAAGGAUGCUCUACUACAGUUGGCAAUUACAUUCACAAUCUUUGUAGAAUUACUACUGACAAUGUAAGCCUUGACUUAUUAUAAACAGCCUUUUGACAUCAAGUUGCAAGGGAAAGCUUAGCCUGGCUGUCUCUGUCUUUGCCUUUGUACAUCCCACUUUUCCAUAUUAUUUUUCUUCUGUCUUUUUCCCCGUGUGUCUUCCUCAUACUCACAUGAUUACACGCUACUGAAUCACUCAAUAAUGAGGUGAGAACGGGAUUACCUCAGUGGUUCAGAGGAUACACUACAGAGCCUGGCCGUUCGGUUACACAUGCCUGAAUGGAGCCAAGUUGUGCAAGAAAUAAUGAGUGUGUACUUCGACUCAAAUUAUAUUAAAGCAAAUAAGGAGUACUGUUCCAUGACACUUUUGUGGGUUCUGUGGGUGGACACUGAACACCUGCCGCUUCUCUGAUCUUCAUUCGAGAAGGUUGCUUUGAAAUGAUGAAGAAGAAACAUGACAUAACAUCAUACUUCAGACACAUCUGUUUACAGGAUUGAUUGUAAUGAGAUAUUCCGUCAUUUUGCAGAUAUGUAAGCUCAAUAACUUCAAUAUAGUGACUUGAAUUACUCUUUGUAGGCCUUAUUUUAGACAAGUCAUGCACACAGCCUCACAGGAGGCUUAAGCCUGGGUCAUAUGUUUUGCUUAAUACAGUAGUCUUUCACAGGAGAAGAAAACAAGAAGCUCAAACUAGGCCAGUGUACAACAGUUCUGCAACAAAUUACAUCGACAUGAAGGUUAUAUUGGGUUUUAGAGAGCUGUUGAUUAAACUUUAUGGUUUUAUUGAGGGUGUUCAGUAGUAUGUGUUGUGUGGUGAGUUGUAUGAUACUGUGUAAAGUUGGUGACAUUUUAUUGACCAAUGUUUAACAUCAGUGAUAGAACUUUACCAAACACUUCAGCAAACAACAGUGUGGGUUUACAACACUUUGUAGGAUUUUUCUUGUUCAAUGGAAGUUGUUAGAGAAGUUAGGUUAAAUGCUUAAACCAUUGCUAUGUUGACAAAAAAACUUAAGGUCAUGCAAUAAGAAAUAAUGGAGUGUAUGAGCAUGUUGUAAUUUCGGUGUUAAUAUUAGCGCGACCUCCACCACGGCAGGGCCCCAGAGCCUCACUCUCAUUUAUGUCAAAGUAUUGUUUUUUUUGUCCCAGACUGAUGACUCUAACCCCAUUAAUGGACCAGUAGGUCAAGUGUGGUCUGCAGUUACCAUGGGAAACAUCUUUCUGAGAAAUGUUGCACCCUGAGGAGUCAGAAGCACACACACAGGCUUGUUCACCAGUGGACAUUGUUCAGAUGCAUUUCUUUACUGGCAGGACUGAGUCACUAUUCAGUCCUAAUUGAUAGUGGGCUGGAAGCAGCAGCGUUGUGAGGUGGUGGGUUUAUGAGUCAUAUCCCCUGUGAGUGCUGGUGUUAUUCAGAAACUCUUUACGAGGAAAACACCUCAAUAGAAGUCUGGAGUUCUGAGGGAAUAGAAGAGAAAUUUGUGUUUCGUGUUAGAGUUAAACUUAAUAGCGUGUCUUUAUAUAUUUUGUAACUAAUUAAUCCUGGCUGAUCACAGUCCCAUAAAAAGAAGUAACUCCUUUAUCUGUUAGAAGCAAACAUUGGCUAAUUAAUGGUCCAGCUCAAGGUAGGUCAGUGUCAGCUUAUUAUAAAUCUAGACAAAUGUUCAGGUCGAAAAAGACACCCUAAGAAGAAGUCUGUGGUUCAGCUUUUUCAGGAAGUGAAAUUAUUAUGUUAAUUAUUAUGGCUGUACAAUUCAAGAUCCAAAAUUAACUCAUGCUAUUUUGUUUGAUUCUGACUAUCAGACUGGUUUAAAGGCAAGAAAACACUGAAAGAAUGCAUUUCUGAACUGAAUAACACUGUUCAUGGUUAGCUGAGUGUGGUCAGUGCUAGUAGAGCUAGCACUCUUUUUGGUCAUCCUUACAGGUCAGUAUCCACACACCUGUGCUGGCCAAGUAUUUGGUUGCUUUUCCAACUGGCUAGUAUAUCUGACAUUGUUUCAUUGUUGAAAACACUCAUUCCUAGUUUUGUCUGUUUCUGCAUAUUGUAGUUAAAAUGCUGCAGCAUCUUCCUGCUUCCCAUGACACCACCGUGGUUUUAUAUGGCACAUUUCUCACCAGACAAACUCCUAUUUCCAUGAACUCAGAGGGAAAAUUGAAAAUAAUUUGCACUUCCUAUCAAACAAAAUCAAAAUAUCACUGAAAGACUUUGUUUUUGAACUGCCACCUUCUCCUGCCUUGAAACUCCAGGCUUCAAUAUGGCAGAAGACGUGAUACAUUUGACCAUUUUUGUGACUCCAAAUUUUAGCUUUCUGGAUAGGUUGAAAUUUUGAUACUAAAGACAAAUGAAGUGUUGAAACUCACUGUUUCAGUUUCAUGAGAAGUAAGCCAAGAAAGCCUUGAGCGCAGCACAUAGGUAAUAGAAAUAGAUUCUUACAACACAUUAUAUCAGUACUGGUUUCAUAAAGCGGACUUAUUCAUUUAAAUGUCUGCGCUCCUAAAGGGUUACUUUAAAGACCAGUUAACUGAAGAAAUAUUAUGUACACUUGUGGUUGGGUUGUAGAAUACUGGUGCUAAGUCAAUAGACCGGCAAGUAGUUUUGUUCCAUAUGUUUGAUGUUACUGUAAAGGUAAAUUUUGUAGAAAUAGGAAUAUUUAGCAAGUCAGAUCAAAGUGCUUCCCUGCUCCCCUUGGUUAAGAGACGACAGCCUAUGAUACAUGAUAAUUAUGAUCCUCUCUUUUACAAAAACGUCUGUUUGUCUUAGUCCUCAAACCUAUGGGUUUCACACGGCUACUCAUUAAAUAUAAAAUCUACCGUAUUACUAGUUUGUCUGUUCUGGGCUCAAGAUCACGGCCUCUGUGAAAGGGACUCACUCCUGUGUAGAUGUAGAAGGCUCAAUCUAGGUAACAAAAAAUAUACAUUAUAGUUAGGUGAUUAUACAAUGAUUUAGACAGUCUCAUAGAUGUUUUAAUUCCAUUUUUACCGCACACUGCACUUUUACUUUAAUUACACAAUGAACUUUUUCAAAUAUCAGAUAAUUAUUUCUGUUCUGUUGUUGCGCAACACUUGGACAAAGCGGUGCAUGGUGGUAAUGUCUGUGCAUUGAAAACUUGAUAUGACUGUUUCAGCCUUGUUUAGGGUGGCUACAUGAAAACUGGAAUAGCUUUUUUUCUGAGAUUGUGCUUUUAUUUUUGUAUUUUUAAUAGAAAUAAGGAUUACACAUCCACACCACUACAUUGUGCUUACAGCCCAAUGAUACUGCUUUAUCAUGGUGUGGUUUUUGUAACAUCACUGUCACUCGAGGUAUGGCAAAAACCUGUGUGCAAGGUUGUCACGAGUUGUCAGCUGUUGUGUCAUUGUGGCGGCGUGCUGAAUAUGACAUUGUAUGUUGAGUUGCUUUGUUAUUGAAAGCAAAAGUAAGUUCAUGGGGAGCUAAAUGGAGGACUUCAACCUGACUACACAAAACGACACAUCGAGGCUAUCUGUGUGUGUUCUGAUUGAGAAGAGAUAUGAUGCUCGAAACACUUUCUCUGAGCCCUCCUCCCUCCUCCAGAACAAUUUCACACAUACUGCAUAUUAUAAGGUGAACACUUGUUAUUGGCCAGAUUCUAACAGUGGGCCCCCACCGUGCGUUUUCCUCUUUCUGGUCUGUGUGUGUGCACUUGCCUAGGCAACAAAAUGCCCCAUUGUGAAGGCAGCACAGAGACCCUGUUAUUGGCUGCUCUCUGAGUGGGAGGGAGGCAGAGCAGAGAGAAAAGGAGGGAGGGAGAGAUGGUGAAAUAAGUGAACUGAAUGUCCAGGGAGCAAAGUGCUUGUUGGAUAAUGUAGAAAUCAAAUAAAAGCCCUGGGGAAAAGAAAUCAGCAUUGGUGUGCAGAACUUUAGAAACAUCUACUAGUUUGUUUGCUUUGUCAGUUUUAUGUUCAGGUGGGAUUUCUUGGCUGAUUUCAGCAGUUCAAGAGUCAGGUGGAAAAUAAAGUUUAUAAUUCUGAUAUGCAAAAGCUUCAAAUAAACCUGUUGUUGUUGGGCAUGACAGUGAGUUAAUCUAGGUUGCAUUUCUUAAUGAAAACUCCUGUGAAGAACUUUCAGUACGGCUUACAUUUGGUGUUAUCUUGUGCUCCAGCUGCUUAAAUAGUGCCCACUUACAAAAAUCAAAACUCAUUCUACUGAGUCUUGAUAGUAAAAUGCGUUAUUUAUUGGCAAAAUUUAAAAAAAAAGCAAAAAACAAACAAACAAACAAACAAACAGUAUAAAUAAGGCUGUUUCCUCAGCUGUUCGGCUGAUACCUACCCUCUCGCACCCUAACCCAAACCUUUCCAGGCACUAAAAACCAAAACAUAAAAUUUUAGUCAAUUUUAGUUUCUUUCAAAAGCAUCAAAAAAGGCCUCACAGGAGCUUUAUAAAGUGUUAUUCAGAAAGGCUGCUUAAAAAAACACAAAAUUCUCAGUUUGGCAAUAUGAGCAAUUGAAAACAAAAACAUUGCCAAAAAAAAAGAGAUUUAUCACAAUCAAUGUGGCAAUAAUUUGUUGCUUACAUGAAAAAUGUUGACAAUAUAAACUGUCAUUUACCUUGGCUGACAUGCACACUAAAUUUUUUACUUACCACACAUCUUAUUGACCUUACAGCACAGAACAGUAUUACACAUCACAGUCUUUUUAUAUCGUGCAGGUUAUCCGUCAUAUUUUCCAAAAAAGGCUAAAUUGAGAUUUUUCAAAACAAGGGUUAGUGUACAAAAGGUUUCAGACCUUAAAGGGCAUAAAGGUGUAAGAGACCGUGCUCCCACUGCAUGCAAGACUUAGGCUGCUUGUGAAAGAAGGGGUAUUUUAGCGUCUAUACUCUCUGUCUGAUACCUCUUUAAUCAUAUUACAUGAUUUCCAGAUCAAAAAAGCCUCCUGUUUCUCACUCUGGUUUAUUAAAAUAUCAUUAUCUCAGCCUCUGUCUGAAACACUUUGUUUUAGCUAUUGUCUCUUUAAGGCCCCCCUUGCAUGAGGGGCAGAGCUCGAUGUUUUGGCCCUGCCCCGCUAUUGUGGUCAAUCAGCAGAGCAGCAUCACUCCACUCUGUUGUGGGUGUCACCUGUUGGAGGCAAGCCAUUCCACUUUGCCAGAAGCACAGAUGAAAUAGUAAGGAGAGUCGAACGCUGAUGCAGGCAUUUUAGUGAGUCUUGCGGUUUCUCGCUACGGCCUGUUUUGAGCAGAACAUCUAUUUUCUAAGUUUAUGACAACGUUACCUUGUGAUUUGAAACUUUGCAUACAUUUACUAUGGACACCAAACGUAGUAACUUUGCAGUAAGUUGGUGUAAGAGAAAAACAGACUAAGUGUACCAAUUAUGCAAGGGAUGAUUGUUGAUUUUUAAUAAUAUGGAUGUGAAACACACAUCGCAUUUAUAUGGUCUAACUCUUCUUUUCUUGUUCUUAAAUUGUUGUAAUUAUCACAUGAUCCAGACCCACCCAGCAGUUUCUUCUUAAGUCUACGCCACACAUUGUCAUGAUGCUAUAUUGUACUUUGAAGGGCUGAAGAUAUUUGAAAAAGUUCAUAAGAGUCCAGUGGAGCAGUGACAAACUUGAUGCAUAUAUAAUAAGUGGGAAUGGCCUCAACACUGGGAUGAGCCUUGUUCACAUUUUCCAAAAUGAAAAUACCCAUUGACUUAUGUCAUGCCAGAGCACAGUAACAGAGCAGCUGUUCAAAGUUGAACAUCUGUAAAACAUUUCGUCUGCCAUUGUCUUGAGUCACAUUUGUGUUUUAUUCAAGAAUGUGGUAGAUCCACCCCACUUUAUUUUUUUUUAAUGAUCAAAAGACUUUCAAGAAAGAAAUUAUAUUUAGCCUGCGCACAAAACUCAUUGAGUGUGGCUCUGACAGCCCGUCAAACUGUGACGCCUUGCCACAUAACAGGAAGCCACUCUAUUUUACACAUACAGGGUUGAAGCGGUCAUUAUAGUAUUACACUUGCUCUUGAGAAUAUAAAUGUAUGUAGAGGGACAAUGGAAAGAGGAGUUAAUAAGAAUAAACAAGAGAUUGCAACUGUUAGUAAAAAAUGUAAAAUAUUAGAAAUAAAACUAUUUACAAAGUGCAGUGUUUAAGAAAUAAGCUAUGUACAAGCAUAAGAGUGUAUAAAGAGUAGUACAGUUUAACAAAGUAUUGUACAGUUAAACAGAAUAUUGCAUGGUUUAAGUUGGAGACUGUAUUAUCGGUAUUGCAUGCUAACAUUAUUGAAGGUUGACCAGUUCACAAACAGAUUGCACAGUUGAAUGUAAGCUUGAGAGUAAGUCCAGGAACAGUCAGAGUGUGUGACACUCAGAGGGAGGAGUUAUACAGUCUACCCCCACAAUGACACUGGCCUUGCGAAUGAGUUUGUUGAGUCUGUUGGUGUCUGCUACCCUCAGUCUGCUGCCCCAACAUACAGCAGCAUACAGGAUCGCACUGUACUCACAGAACAUCUUCAGCAUCUUCCUACAGAUGUUAACAGACCUCAGUUUCCUGAGGAAGUACAGAUGACUGAGGCCCUUCUUGUAGACCACAAAUGUUCUCUUUUACCCGGACAUGUCCUCUUUUUUGGGGGCUGUCCAGCCUUGUCUGGCUUUGUCUGGGGAGGUUUAUAAAACCCUUCAAAUGUCUGCGGUUUUGUACAAGAGUUUCGAUUUUGUGUCACAUGGACUUAUUGAGUUAGAAGUGCAUAAAAGACACUCAAUCUGAUCCGAAAAACUGUUGGGUCCUCUUUUUGGGAGGUCAGAAUACGGUCACCCUAUGUUACCCAAGUACAGCCCCGGGUACUUGUACUCUUCCACGAUGUCCCCACCACACCCGUGUAUGGAAACAGGGAUCACUGGUGUCUUUGUCCUUCUCAGAUCCACUAUCAGUUCUUCAGUCUUUAUCAUGUUGAGUUGGAGAUGGUUCCACUCCGCAUUCCUGUAUUUAGCCUCAUCACCCUUCCUAAUGUGUCCAACUACAGCAGAGUCAUCAGAGAACCUCUGACGGCGGUAGUUGAAGUCUGUGGUGUAGACGGUAAAGAGUUGAAGAGGAAGGGAGACAGGACUGUCCCUGCAAGGCACCGGUGUUGCUGACACACAGUGUAAUCAGUGCACAAACUGUGGUCUUCCAGUCAGAUAGUCAAUAAUCCAUAACAUGAUUGGUGCCUCCACCAUCGCUCUGAGCUUCUCUCUCAGUAGAGCCAACCUGAUGGUGUCAAAAGCACCAAAAAAGUCAGAAAACAUGACCCUCACAGCGGUCUCUGGUUUGUCCAGUAGAGCGUAGAUGCGGUUAAGCGGGAAGAUCAUGGCAUCCUUGACUUCCAGGACUUGUAGGCAAACUGGAGUGGAUCCAAGAGGUGUCUGACUGUCAGCCUCAGCUGCUCUUGGAUGAGUCUUUCCAGGGUCUUCAUGAUGUGAGAUGUCAACGCCACUGUUCUAUAGUCUAUGGGAUUAUUGGGACGCGACAUCUCCGGAACUGAGACCAGGCAGCACGUCUCCCACUGCACGUCCUGGUUUAGAACCAUCUUAACUGUUUCUACCAGGGGGGAGUCUUAUAAACAAGUUUGUCCUAUUUGAAUUAUUCCACUAGUUCAUAUCUAACACGCUGUAAAUUAUGUGUCUGUGUUUAAAGCUGUAUGUCCUGGCUCACAUCAUGCAGAUGAAAAUCAUGUGUUAUGCAGAUGACAUACAGUUUUAUGUUUUAGUUAAUCCAGCUGAACCCUGUGCUUUACUGGUCCGAUUGUAAAUACAGAUGGCAAACAAACUUUCAAAAUUUGCUCUUCAAUUAAAUAUGCAAAGAUUCUCAGAAAUACAUCUAUGAAUCCACCCUCUGUUACUGAGGCAGACACCCGCCUCAUAUCACAGCGUUAAACCAGCAAAAGGCGUAACUUUGUCAAGUUUAAACUGUGCAGUUUGCAUUCUUUCUUCUCACCUUCUUUAGUGGUGUUGAGCACUUGUCCUUCCUGGUAUUCCCUCUCAAAGACGCACACACACAGACACACACAAACAUAGUACAAAAAGCUGAUUAGGGGAUUUUUGGGCCCAAAGUGCUGAGAUGCAAAAUUUGUCUGUUUAAAGAUGCUGAGCCCUGCUACUAAAACCCAUGUGUGUGUUUCUCUCUCUCUCUCUCUCUCUCUCUCUCUCUCUCUCUCUGUCUUUGUGUGUGUGUGAGUGUGUGUGUGUGUUUGAAUGUAAAUUUUAGACUUUGUGUAUGUGUGUUUGUUUCCCAGUAACACUUCGGUGACUACAGAAACGCUAGCAGACUGUAAUCCUCCGCAUGAGAUGUUUCUGAGUUCCUCAAUGUAAAAAUAGGAACUGUGUUUGAUCAGUCAUGAUUGACAGCUCUGUCCUAGUGCCCUGUGAUCUCAGGCCUGCCAGAGUAAACACUUGCGCUCACAGGAAAUGAAAUGCGCUCAUUUCAACAUACCCACGCACUCAUCGGUAUUUCUCAGACUCAUUGGCGUGUAUUUUUCGGUGCUCUUUUUAGUCUCUCAUGGCUUCACGUCAGUCACCAAAUUAAAUCAGAUCAUGACUGCAUUGAACAGCCUGCGUGUCUGUGUACUUAAGACCUCAUUCACAGCAUGUUUAUGUGAAAUGAGUCAAAACACCACCGUAUUUCUAUUCUUUUUCAUUGAAUAAUUAAAAUAAGCAUACAAUGAUGGUAACUAUCAGUUUACUAGAGGUUUUAAAGAAUGUUAGGUGACCUUGCUUUUCAUUUCCUUAGACAAAAAUCAGCUUAGCUUAGCAUGAAGUGACUCAUAUCUUGUCUAAAGGGUCGCUUGUGUUGUGUGUAUGUGUGUGUUUGUUUGAGGAAAGACUGUUUGCGGGUCAGCUGGGGGGAAACCAGCAAUUUCCCUUGUGGUCACACUAUCUUAGCAGUAGUAUAUGUCUUAUUAUAUGUCUGUUCAGCAUUUAAAUGGCUUUUGGAGGUCCAUAGUGAUUUCACUGUCAGAGCUCUUUUUAAACUGUUAUUAUUGCACAAGUACAUGCAGGUUUGCAUCAUGUGAAUGCAGGGAGGUAGCACUAUCUGCUGCCUACAAAUCAAGGCAUGACGUGGUGACCCAUCUGCAAACCAUACACUUAAAAAAGAGAGGCAUUCACACUCAGAUGGUUAAAGCUCUGGCGUGGUGUGCAUUAUUCAUAAACCAAGAUGCACAGAAAGCAAAACCAAGAGUGAAAGGGACGCUUGACAGAACUGAGGAAAAGAGAUGAGGACACUUUGUGUGAGGCUGAUCUUUAAUCCACUUACCCUGUAUUCAAGUGUGUGUUAGGGAGAAUUGAGCCAGUCCGUGUGAACGUGCUGUGUGUGCCAAUACUUGUUGUGUCAAUACCACUUCCUCCAAAAGUAGUCUGUUGUGUGAUAGUACUGACUGUGUUUUGGCAGUUAUCAAGGGAAUAACUUUAUAUUAAAGACUUUUAUUUGUAUAUUUUUGAGAUUAAGGUUUAAUUAAACGUUUAAAGCUUUAGGAUUGACUAACACUUUAACAUCUCUGAGGAAACCUUUAAGCAGAUAUCAUCUUAUCUGAGCUGUGCCUUUCUGGUUUAUGUUCAGCUUCAGUAUAGAAACUCCAUUCUGUGGAAGUUGACUUGAAAGUUUCGGUGCUUAUCGAAGUGACAUGUUGUUAAAACAUCAACACAACUUCCUUUUAGACUUGAGGGGGGUAUUCAUAACUGUGACACCAGUUUAUCACACACAACUCGUCAAUUAUGAUCCAUAAAAAUGCCCUGCGUAAAGAUCUUGUGAAGUUGUUAUUGCACCAUAAACGUUUCUAAAAAUAGGUUAGUAUUUGGGAAGUGUUCUCAUCAUUUUUGUCUAUGGUCAGACGGACAUGAUUCAAAACUUAAAGUAAUCAUUUUUAUGAUCUAAUCUGUGCUACUUUUAAAUCUUCUUCCUCUUAAGGAAAAUCCUGCAUUGCAACAGUAGCUUUCUAGGUCAUAUUCUUCCAUUUUUCUGCACAUGUUGAUUUUUUUCGUCUCUUUCACAGGGUUGUGUGAGGAUCUGAGGGCUGUAUUUUCUCCGUGGACCAUAACUCGCUCUCACACCUCUCAGCCAUGUCACAGUCUGAGUCCUGUGCCACUGUGUGCGACUGGUUAUCCGUGCUUCGUCUUGAGCAGUAUUCUGAGGCUUUUAGGAGAGCCGGGCUGGCAACACUACAACAAUGCCGCAACCUCACACCGGAUCAGUUGGAGCGGAUGGGUAUCACGCUGCCGGGUCACCGGAGACGCAUCCUGGCUAGCUUAAACAAAACCCACGGAGCUGUUGACACAAAAUCCGACACACAGUCUAACCUUGUACAGCCUGAGAGGGAUCAGAGAUUGGAGGAAACAGGACCUGCUAGAAUCUCAGAGAGGGAGAGACCUGUGCCAGUACCGGUGGAAGCGAAACCUGUUCUUAAGGAAAGGGAGAAAAAAUGUCGAGAUCCACUGGUGCCUACACCCAGGGAAAGAGAGAGGCCAGUCCCCAGGGAGAGACAAGUGCCCAGGAUAAAAGAGGAGAGUGGAGAAGGAGCAGAGAAGAUGCCGGUCACUGGACAAGGACAGACAGCACCCAGAGGUGGAGCAGAUGAGGAGAGUGAUGGAGGAAAAGAUGGAGAGAGGGAGAGGCCUGUGCCCAGAGAGAGGACUAAGUUUCGUUCUAGUGCGACAGCAGACUCUCACCCCAGCCCCCUCAUUUCCUCACCUUCUGACACUUCUCUACCCCCUGUUCCCCCACGCAGCACCCCCAACUGCCCUCCACAACCCUUCACCUCACCCCUCAGCCCCUCCCCUCCUGCCCGUACACCUCCAUCACCCAGACCGGACCAACAUGAUACUAAAGCUCCACCUGUACAGAGCAGAUCUGCGUCUAGGGGUUCCACCCCAACCAGCACCCCUUCACAAACCCCCACACACACCCCUCUCCACCCUCCAAGCUUCCCCUCUGUCCCCAGUCGACCUCAGACACUUGCCAUUCAGCCGCCCACUCAACAUGUGGGCAGUGAUGGAGGAAGAAGAGCUUCGCCUGUCUCACCCACAGCAUCCCCCAGCAGUGACAGACAUGCUCCACCUCUUCCUCCAAAAGUGGGACCGGGACCCAAAGGCCCUCCACCUGUCCCACAGCGGUUUCCUCUGCAUUCCCCCAGAAAGAACAGGUAAGGCUAAAUUUUUACUUUGAACUUCUUAUAUAAAGUGUUUGGUUUAGAUUGUUUAAUUUUUGAUUUGAUGUUGAUAUUUUCAUGUUUUUGAAAAAAGGUUAAAACCACUGAGUCUUUAAAAAAACAUUUUACUCAUGUACGUUUUCACAUGGAUGACUUUAAAGUUGUCUCUGUUCCUUGCCUUUUUUUGUUUAUCUACAGUAAAUUACCCUUCAUUCUUUUCACACUGCUUGUGUCUGUUAAAGGUGGGGUAGGCAAUAGCUAUUAGUUGUUGAUGAUAUUUGGUAAUAUAACGAUAUCGCUGUGUUUCAUUAUGUCUGUGUUGUCAACAUUUGUAAAUUUUUGGAGCAGCCCGCUCUUUCUGACUGUAAACAAAGCCAUUCUCCACCUCCCCCAACCUGAUUGGUUGUGAGGCAAACGCUGCUCUGCCGUGUCGUUCACGAGCCCAAACAAAGUUAGCGUGCUACAAUAUCGGCCAGUAGAAACCAACCAGAAAGUACGGAAAAGUUCCUCCUUUAGCCACGACUGCCAACACAAGCAAGAAAAUGAAGUAAAUACCGGAGACUCUGGCAGAGUAACGGGUGCUUAAAACGGAAGUAGACUGGACAAGAGCUAAAAGCCGGGUAAACAUAAGUGAAGUAUAAACGAUUGGGACGCUUCAGGAUUUAAUGGAACCUGUAACCUUUUUGCUUGACAGGUAAACCGCUUUAACAAAGUAAGACAAGUGUCAGAAAGUGUUUCUUGUCAAACGGGACCUGCUGCGUGUUGUAGCGCUGCAAAACUGUUAACCACGGGUCCGAGAGUAUGUCACUUUACCCUAGUUAUAGAAGUCCUGCAAACAUUGUGUUUGCUGGUAGUCUGUUGGCAUCUACAGCAGCACCAAUGCUGUUUACUUUCAAUUGAAAAAAAGGAAAAUUUAUGGAUAACUUAAAAAUAAUUAAAUAAUUAAAGUUAAUUUUCAUGAUUAGCUGUUUUCUUCAGUUUGUGCACAAGUGCUGUAAAGGACAUAAUCCAGUUAAAAAAAACCAAGAAUAACCACAGUGUUUGCCUGCUUGUGGCAAAUUGAAAAAAGAAAGUGUGAAAAAAGAAAAAAAAAGUUGCCACCACUGUUCAGAUUGAAUUCUUAAAGUACUACACUGCCAUCUAUUGGAGCAAAAGGAAACCUGCAACCCUUUGUCAUAUUUGACGUGUGCAGUCUGGGCUCAGAACAUGUUAUCAGUGGCUUCAAACACUUCCUGAUAUUAAAAUAAGACACCUUCUGAAACUGAAAGGCUGAAGCAAACUGACAGACAGAGUGGACCUCGAGCUCAGUUGCCUAUUUAUCACACAUAUCUGUGAACUAGACCUGUAGAGUGUCUAUAAGAGUAAGAGCAGUGAGCCUUUCUGUAAGACUGCUGUGUGCUGUUGUGGUUGUUCAUACUUGACCACUAGAGAGUGUGAUAUGCAUGAGUGUGUUGUGUACAACUUGCCUGAAGGGACAUUUAUUAGCCGUACAUGCUGCGGGAGAAUCUGCUUUUAACAGCAGUUUAAAGUUUUGCUGUAGUUUCACUUGCUUUCUUGGACAUUGACACAGGGGACGUGGUUUUAUUUCCCAAGUUAUAAAGCUCUUUGAUUAGAAACUUCCCCUUUCAGCUUUAACAGCAAGGUAUAAACCAGUGCUGGGUUUACAAAUGAGACUCUAGUGAUAUUUUCUUAUUUGUUGUUUUGUGUAAGGGACAGCACGCAGCAGUUAAAACUCUGUUUGGUGUGUGUGACAAAAAAGAAACUUGACGCUCGCCUCAGGCUUCGCUCUAGUGAACAUGCGUGUUCUCAGCCUGUACUUUAAAAGGAAACUGUCUGUAGAAAAAAGGAGGAAGUCACAAUGGAGAAUUACACAGAUCAGUGAAAAGCUUAUUGUUAGCCUCUGUGAUUGAUAGAGAGAAAAAAGAGAGUGAUACAGAUAGACUAAAAAAAGGCAAAAGUGAUUUGUUAAAGGGGCUGUUUUUAUUUGGUUAGCCUUGACGUUAGCAAACUUUCACACACUCUCUUUAGGGCUUUGUUACCUCCUCCUUUCUUCUGGUAAAACGCUCAUUUCCUCCUCCCCUCCUCUCCUUUUUUUCCCUCUCCUCUGAUGUCUGUAUGUGUGUGCUUACGCUAUUUGUACCAUCAUGGAUGAAGACUCCCUUUGAGCAUGUCAGAACAGGUAACAAUGAUGCUUAUCUUAUCUUUACUGCUAUCUCUCAGUCUGUACUUGUCUUAAACAUGCGCUCUCUCCUUCGAUUACCCCUCCUCACUUUGUUCUGUGUUAGUGUUUCAAACAAGGAAGCUUUUCUCUGCAUAAUUUCUGUUAUGUUACAGUUGAGUACAUUCUGUCUCCUGUCUAUAGGCAACGUAUUAGAGCAAAUUUGACUAACAGCAAGGUAGAUGUAGAUGCUUUUCUGCUUGUUCUGGUACGAGACAAGAUCAGAUAGCAGUCACUGACCACACCACUAAGAUGACAUUUUGUAGUAGCAUCUAUAGUUUCAAGUUGUUUUACAAAGUGGUGGUUUCCAGAGAUCAAAUGUCGUCUUUCUUCAAACAGAGGUUUAAACUUGUUUUAAGUCGCACAGUAGCCUAGCUAGCUGCUGGUAUUGUAUGCUAAGGUGCUGCACUAUGCUUAUGUUUAAAAAGGGAACCCCAGCAAUAACAGUGCUAGCUUGAAAUGCCUCUCAUCUUCUAACACAACAGAAGGGUCCGUUAGCCGUCAUUGUUGAUCUCAGGAUUAAAUUCACACAAACACUGUUUCUUUGGAGAAAGUCAUUGUUCCCCCAGCUUUCUGCUCUCUAUUUACUAGCAUGCAGGCUGUGUUAAAUAUAGCAUAAAGCUAGCAGCUUCCCACUCUGCACUCUUCCUCUGAGAAAAAGGAGGAACUGUGUCAGCGGGUCAGUUUCCCGUCAUUGUGGGCUUUGUCUGUUCUUAUAUGGUUUAUUGUCUUAACAAACACAGAUCAUAGUUAUGGAAUAUAUUUAGAGCAUCAGUAAUAUAGUUAUACACUUGAUAUUUUCCUGUUCAGGACUGAAACCCAAGUGCAUUAAAAAGCAAUGUGUUAGGUAAAGUGGGGUGUUGUGCAUACCCCCAAAUAACUCAAGCCAAGUCGAAUGUUGUUUAUAAAGCACAUUUCAUGAAUAAGACAAAACAAUUAGCUUAAAACAUAAAAGUGCUCAUAAAAAAAAUCAAAUUUGCUGUAGAGGGUGUUCCUUAGAUUUGAGGGAACCCUUUAUUUUCUCGUUUUGGAAUAAUUGAAGCUGCUGGAAUGAGGAUUUCGGUAGGCCAGUGAUUAGACAAUUUCAAUAAUCUCAUCUACUGAGUGUGAAAGAAAGCCAAAAAGAGUUUUGAGACAUUGUGAGAAUGUAUGAUUUGAUUGAUGGCUUUUGAAUGUCAGAUCACUGUACAAGGCAGCACCCACAGUUUUUACUUGAUUUGAACUGGUGAAGGACUAAAAAGAGACUUUCAGUUUUGUCUUUGAUUAGUUGCAAAGUUAUCGGUCACAGAUAAAUAUCAUUCAUGCAUUCAUCUAGUGGUAAUGAUUUGCAAAGUUGUAAAUUGUUCGCAUAAUUAUUGUAAUUUCUUUUGUACUCUUGGAUAAUGUGUGAAAGUAGAAGCAUGUACAAACAGUAGUGGUCUGAAAUGUAAGCCUUGGGGAACCCCGGCUGCAACAUUAACUUUACUUGAGACAGUCCCAGAUGGACACAUAGUACUGUAUGACCUGGAUCACUACUAAAAGAAAAAACUGUAGUACAUUUUUAACUUGCAUGGUCAUCUCUUUUGCAUGCUUGUUUCAUCUUUUCAAACAUCCUUUUAGCACGCCAACAGACAUUUCCUAUAAAUGAGCUGUUAUGUGUGACUAAAAUCUCUGCUGUGAUACGGUUAGAGCUGAUUACUGCAACCGUAGAGAGAAGGAAAUUUGCAAGACACACAAGAAUAAAGGGGAUCUUACACAAUAGUUUUUGGAUAGAAACGAGGUCUGUGUGCUCAUUUUUGACUUCCCCUCAUGUUAAACUAUUGUAUUAAAGCUGUUAAACAAUUUCUGAAUGAAAAUUUCACAACUGUGGAGUUUUUAUGUCAAUAUCUUUACCCCAAAUUUUAAAAUGACUGCUUCCAUAAUUGCUUAGGUUUACAAUAAACAGUACAUGCACUAUGUAUUUAUGAGAAAACAAAACAAACAUUGUGAGGCUACUUGUAGCCAAACUAAUUUAUCAAAUAUGGAUGAAGAUUGAGAUGAAAGUGUGAUUAUUCUAGUUGUCUUUAAUAAUGUGGUUUUUGAUAGUAGUGCAGAGUGCAGUCAGUCGUGGUCGAGUCACGCCGACUGGCUGAGAUUAUCAGCUGAUAGCAUUUUACACAUGUGCAUGAGGCGUGGAUUCUUGCAAGUAGGAGGAUUUUAAAGUAACUAGAGGUGUUGGUUGUCCACGAGAGCUCAAAUAUAGUGGCUUUUUUAUGCUACUGCUGCCUUAGAUUUGAUCAAACAUGAAGAUAGAUAGAUAUAUAGAUAGAUAGAUAUACUUUGUUGAUCCCAAACUGGGAAAUUCUCAUGUUACAGCAGCCAAAAAACACAAAAUAAAAUUAAAUAUAAGAAGAAGUAAGUACAAUGCAGACUAAAAAUUCUAAAAAUACUAAAUAUAUACAAUAAAUACAGACUAAAUAUACUAAACAUCUAAGAGAACAAGCAUCACAUGUAUAGCAGAGCUUUGUUGCCCCUGUAUCAAAUCAAAAACACACAAAAAAAACACCAUGAACUUGUGAAGGUUGGUGCUUCUUGGAGACAUGUGAUGAUAACUUCAGUUGUGUGUGAGAUUUAGAUUUAAAGCAGAUUAAAAAAAAGCUGAAAGAUGAUAACACGUAAAUGAUGCAGUACCAGGAAACUGGUUGCUUUACAGCCAAUGUGUUAGCAUAGCUCGCGAUUUUUAGAGUAGAUAGGGACCAUUAAAAAAAAAAAAAAAGCCCAGCCUUUUAGUGCUUGUGUGAUUCUGUUUGACUGAUAAUCAAGUUUUACUUGUCUCUUAACAGAAUCGAGACACUAUAGAACAGCAUAGCCCAAACAGCAUACUGUUUGUGUGUGUGUGCGUGAGGGGGUUUACAGGGGGAAUCCAGAGGUAUGUUGUGUUUACAUCAAGGUCUUACAGGGGCAAGCAGGUUUAGACUUGCUACUCAAACCAGAAGGAGUAGAAAAACUAGAAACUAAGAGAGAGAGACUCCAGUGAGGAGACUUCAGAGCAGCUGUGAACAUUGUGGACUGAAACAGAUAACCGGGUCUCUCUCUUUGACAACACAGUGUUUUUCUUUACUUCCAUGAUGUUCUUUCUGGACAGUUAAAACGGACCUAAUCUUGUUUUACUAUUUUGUAUUUUGUUUCUGAAGGAUUGUCAGAAACUUUGCUUACUUUUUAUUUUUAUGAUGGAAUAAGAAAAGACAAGAAACCUGAAGGCCUGUCUCCCCAUCAGAGCAUGAACAGAAUCAGUCGGCUGUUUGGGAUUUUCACCAGAUCUCAGAUAACUAUGGUGGCUGAGGACUUAUCUCCUGCUCUCCAAACCUCUGCUGACAUGUCCUGUACCCCUUUAUCCUCCAGCCCCUCUCCUCCGCUACCCGCCAGGACGGCCUCCGAUGAGUUGCAGAAGGAACAAACUCCUCUGGUCCCACCUCGCAUCAGGACACCCCAAAGCCAAGAAAAUACACAACAGUCAACUCAGGCUGACACUCUGCCAGCUCUGUCUGAAAAGAAGCUAUCACAAGCCCCACAUGAGUCCAGUGAGUAACAGAACCAGGAUUUGAUCAUUUUUGGCAGGAGAUGUUAAUGAGAUAACAUUGAAUUUGAAUGAGAGACUGAGUAGGAGGAGAAAACCCAUCAAAAGUACACAUGGUUUUGAUGGUUCAUCAGCUUCGUAGCUCCAGGCUGCAUGAUCCAAUCUGCUUAUGACAGUGACUAAACCUUACUCUAGUUUUUUUUGUACUUGGAUGCAAUGCAGGAAGAAUUACAGUGUAUAGACCUGAAUUUCAAUACCAUCUAAGAGACUUGACUCCUGUUAUUUUCCACUGAAAUCAUGCAUUACAAUCUCAAACUAAUGCUGUAUAAUGAGGUACUUAGGAGCGGUAUGAAACUUAAUGGGACCCUACAAAUAUGCAGGAGACAAUAAAUUACAUCCCACUUUUUGUAGUUUGUAACCUUCACUGUUUCAAUUUGCUACUGAGCAGUAUGUACAUAGAAAAAUAAAGUUAGUCAGGCUUUUUUGAUAAGCCACUAUCGAUAGAGUGAAAUGCUCAUUUUAUACUUUUCAUCUUUAUCUCUAUAAUUUCUAUUGUUGAAGAACAAAAAAAUUUUGAAAUAGACACUGACCAAGAACACAGAUUUCUCUAAAAGUCCCUUCCUCCUCAUUUUGAGUUGAGGUGAUCUGUCAUAAUGUGGUUUAAAGUCGAUAGUACGUGAAAUAGUAAGUAAGAUAGGGUCAAAUUAGUUAGAUUAAAUCAGGUAAUUUUUUCUAAACUGAUUUUACACACAUCUUUUUUAAAGGUGUGAUGGCACUGCUUAUGUUGUCCAUGCUGCAUUUGUUUUGUUAUUUAAGAGCAAGUAUUUUGGGCUACUGUGUUGACAAGAAACAGACAUCUAAAAAUGUCAGAAUUAAUCAAUGUGUGCAGGAGAAAGUAAGAAUGUACAAUAAUUGAUCGGUGAAUUCUGUUGUUUAACUUGAAAAACUAGCGGUUGACACUUUGGCAAAUUGCCAGUAACACUACAGUGGAACUUCCCGAGUCAUGUUGUUUCUAUCUUACAUCAAUAAACUAUGCAGUUGAAGCCUUUUCCUGAUCUGAGUAGCUGGAGUAGAGAAACCUGUAAAAUCACUGCUGCUACUUGUUUUGGGUGUUUUUUUUAUCCAACAAAUAUUUUGCAUACCUCCCAAGAAUGACCUCCAGUGACCCUAAAAGAAAAAAAUGUUCAAGUGUUGAGUCAACUAUUGGUUAGACGUGAGUCAGUCAAGGUUGUGUGCUUCCUUUGCUCUGUCAGAUGUUCAUUAUUUAUCAGUGUAAAUGAAAGAAUACAGUACAGAGGUCAGUAACUAUGAGCAGGACCUAUAUAUGGACCUAUAUCUAACUUCUGUUGUUGAAUCUAGGGUUGGAUUCACUCGAUGAUGACUCUGAUGACUACGAGGAUCCCGACUUGUUUUACUCAAGUGUUCAUCGCAUAAACACGCCGGACGGGGUGAGGGAGAAUGUUUACCUCUAUUAUACUCCUCUUCCUCUUCAUCUCCUGCACUUUACUAAUGAUAACUGUGUGCUCCUAUAGGAUAUGUCCCUGCAAGUUCCAAGACUACCAAAGGGACGGUACAGCUCUUUGUGCAGUGAUGAUGAGCAGCUGGAUGAUGAAGAGUGAGUCAUGCAUCAACACAAUAACAAACAUUGACCUGAAGCCGGGAGGUUACUCACUAAUAUUAAAGUGUACAGCAGUCUAUGAAUGUAGUCUGUUGUUGUUGCUCUUAAUGUUUUCUCUUCACUUUUGUCAUCGCUCUUUCUGUACUGUCUUCAGAACAAUCUCUGUGCAUAUGAGUAUGAUGCAACUACACUAUGUUAGCUUUUCCAGAUUUUUUGCUUGCUAGAACAGCCGUCAGAGUCCUAAAAAUGCUUAAAAUGUAAUUUGAAGGGGGAGGAUACGACUAAAGUGAUUUUUACUAACUUUGCCGUUAAUUAUUCAGCUUUUAUCUUUACCCCUGAGUCCUUGAAAAAUAGUUGCAUCAUUUCUCUAUGUCCAUAAGCAGAUUUGAUUAUUUCUGGUUGAAUUUAUUGGAAGAUUUUCUAGUCUCUGUUUCACACAACAAUAGCUUGAAAUAUGUACAUUAUUAUUAUUAUCAUUAUUAUUAUUGUUAUUGUUGUUGUUGUUGUUGUUAGUUUAUUAUUAUUGUUGUUGUUAGUUUAUUAUUAUUAUUAUUAUUAUCAUCAUCAUCAUUAUUAGUAUUAUUAUUAUUGUUAUUAUCAUUAUUUAUUUAUUUAUUUAUUUAUAAUUCAAAAGUGAAUAUAGAUUUUCUUUCUUUUGGUUUUAUUAACUGUGUAUUUUUUCAUUUGCUCACUUUCAUCCACCACAAGUUCAAACCUAUGGCAGGAUGAAGUCCUCAGCAACUUGCAAGGCAGUAUUUACUUGCCAAAUUCAGGCAGACUGGCUGAGGCAGCUAAAGAGGACAGCUCUCAGCUCACUGCUGUCAUCAAGAUGGGCUGGCUGGACAAGAACCCGCCUCAGGGGUAUGAAUGACUACAUAUAUGACAACAAAUCUGAAACAUCAUUUGCUCUUGAAACAUGGAGUUAAUGCAGAAGAUUAGUGAUGAUUAUAUUAAAUGAAAAACCCUUAAAGCUCUAAAACAGUGCAACAGAUCUAGUUCCUUUUGUUGAAUAUAAGUUUGAUUCUACUUUCUGAAUGUUAUGUCUGUGUUGUUGUUCACAGGGCCCUUUACUAUCAGAGAAGAUGGGUAAAGCUGGAUGUUGACUACCUGAGAUACUUUGACAAUGACAAGGUAAACACACACCUGCAGUCACUUUCACCGUAUUACCCACAUUAGCCUGACAAAAUGUGGGACAAGAGUAUCACAUGGCUGCUAGUUCAGUCUGUCCAGUCCCCACCACUUCAGGCCCACAUUGUCAGGCUGUUGCUGUCACCACAGACUGAACUACAACUCCCAACAGCAGCCAGCUACACUGUCAACAUGAUGACCGACUGUUUAAAUGAUCUGUCUCUGUUUAUACUGACCGAAUACAGGGUUGGGAAUUUGAGAUUUAAUCAGCUCAUGAUCAAUAAUUGCAAAUACUUUCAACUGCAUUUUUACAGCUAUCCUCACAACACCUACAUGUCUAAGAAUUAGCAUGAAUUUUUAGGUUGAAGUGGAUAUUAAAGAUGCAGGUGUCCAGUUUUGUAAUGCCUCUGAGUGGUUAGCUUUCAGAUACAUCAAUGUUGUAAAACAUGGUUUCCUAUUCGGUUAAAAACUAAUACACAAACACACUUCAUGUAGUUCUAUUAAACAGCUUCGGUGUGGUUGUAUGUUGUGUUUUAGGAGGUGUACUCUAAGGGGCUCAUCUCUACGGCCUUCAUCACUAAUGUGAGCAGUGUGGGGGAGCUGAAGUUUGAGGUUGUCACAAACAACCGAACAUUUACCUUCAGAGCUGAGACUGAAAGUAAGUCUGUUUAAUGUGGUCAUCUUUGUGUGUGUGCGCAUACCUUCACACAUGACAAGCUUCUAUUUGGAGUGCAAUGUGCAAAUCAGAGUAAAAUUUGGACUCACACAUAUGCAUCUGUCAGGAAACGGCAAAUAAUUUAUUCUUUUCUUCACACGUCCAUUUAGCUGAGAGAAAUGACUGGGUGACCGUACUGCAGGACUGCACCAGGGGGCGCCAGCUGCGCAAUACCAUGAACCCUGGGUCACCUUUGGCCCCAGACUAUCAGGGCUAUCUGGAGCUGAGAGGAAUACGCUCCAAACUUUACACUGUAGUUGCCUUAGAUAAAGUCUUCCUGUACAAAAACAUCGAGGUAAGAAGCUCGUAUGUUUCUGUGAUUAUAGAAAAAAAAAAACAUGGAGAUCACAUACUUACUGUAAGCCAAUUCAGUUUGUAAUUUUAAUGUCAUUUUAAAAUGUAAAUGUUAAUGUUUUUUAUUUAUGCAGCCCUUUACAACAACCCCUCCGGUGAACCAAAGUGCUUUACAAUGCAUAGAAAAUAAGAUUGAAUAAAUAAAAACGAUAAAAGCAAUAACAAAAGAGUAAGAUACAAUGCAAAAAACAAAGUGUCACCAUGCUACUGGGUAUUAAAAGCCAGCAUAAAUAAAUCCAUUUUCAAGCUAAAUAAUUUAGUUAGUUUUAAUGAAUUUUUAUGAAAAUUGUUAUUUAAGUUUUUCAGAUUUACAACCAACUAACACCACUGUCUAAAACUGAGUUUAGAGUAUAAACACAUCAAAACGAUCAUUCAAAGGCUAUCAAAAAUGUCAAUUUCAAGCAUAAUUUUUUUAAAAAAAUUUAAGCCGUCUACUCUUGCAAAAUCUUCUUUGUUUUGUUUUUGUUUUCUGCAGGACUAUCGCAUAGGCGUAGGCAUCACGUCCAUCGAGAUGAAUGUAGGAAAUGUUAAAGAAAUCGAUCGUCGGACCUUUGAUCUGACUACACCUUACAGAAUAUUCAGGUACUGUAUGCACACAACUAUGCAACAAACAUACAUAAACAUACGCACAUAUAUGCACACGUACACACAUGAACAGGAUGUCCUCGUCAUAUAUACUCUGAACCAGAAUGUGUGCUCUGUGCGUAAGAAUAGCGUGCAUAUAUAUAUAAACGUAUAUGUAUAUACACUCACCGGCCACUUUAUUAGGUACACCAUGCUAGUAACGGGUUGGACCCCCUUUUGCCUUCAGAACUGCCUCAAUUAUUCGUGGCAUAGAUUCAACAAGGUGCUGGAAGCAUUCCUCAGAGAGCUUGGUUCAUAUUGACAUGAUGGCAUCACACAGUUGCCGCAGAUUUGUCGGCUGCACAUCCAUGAUGCGAAUCUCCCGUUCCACCACAUCCCAAAGAUGCUCUAUUGGAUUGAGAUCUGGUGACUGUGGAGGCCAUUUGAGUACAGUGAACUCAUUGUCAUGUUCAAGAAACCAGUCUGAGAUGAUUCCAGCUUUAUGAAAUGGCGCAUUAUCCUGCUGAAAGUAGCCAUCAGAAGUUGGGUACAUUGUGGUCAUAAAGGGAUGGACAUGGUCAGCAACAGUACUCAGGUAGGCUUUGGCGUUGCAACGAUGCUCAAUUGGUACCAAGGGGCCCAAAGAGUGCCAAGAAAAUAUUCCCCACACCAUGACACCACCACCACCAGCCUGAACCGUUGAUACAAGGCAGGAUGGAUCCAUGCUUUCAUGUUGUUGACGCCAAAUUCUGACCCUACCAUCCGAAUGUCGCAGCAGAAAUCGAGACUCAUCAGACCAGGCAACGUUUUUCCAAUCUUCUAUUGUCCAAUUUCGAUGAGCUUGUGCAAAUUGUAGCCUCAGUUUCCUGUUCUUAGCUGAAAGGAGUGGCACCCAGUGUGGUCUUCUGCUGCUGUAGCCCAUCUGCCUCAAAAUUCGACGUACUGUGCGUUCAGAGAUGCUCUUCUGCCUACCUUGGUUGUAACGGGUGGUUAUUUGAGUCACUGUUGCCUUUCUAUCAGCUCGAACCAGUCUGGCCAUUCUCCUCUGACCUCUGGCAUCAACAAGGCAUUUCCGCCCACAGAACUGCCGCUCACUGGAUAUUUUUUCUUUUUCGGACCAUUCUCUGUAAACCCUAGAGAUUGUUGUGCGUGAAAAUCCCAGUAGAUCAGCAGUUUCUGAAAUACUCAGACCAGCCCUUCUGGCACCAACAACCAUGCCACGUUCAAAGUCACUCAAAUCACCUUUCUUCCCCAUACUGAUGCUCGCUUUGAACUGCAGGAGAUUGUCUUGACCAUGUCUACAUGCCUAAAUGCACUAAGUUGCCGCCAUGUGAUUGGCGGAUUAGAAAUUAAGUGUUAACGAGCAGUUGGACAGGUGUACUUAAUAAAGUGGCCGGUGAGUGUAUAUAUAUAUAUAUUUUGCAAGAAUUUGACAGACAGUUUUGAUGAAUCAAGAAGAAGAGUCCAAGUGUAAAGAUUAUUUUUCUUCAGUCUAAGUCAAAGUCAGACUGAGUAACUCUCAGCGCACGGAUACUGAUGAGAAAUUAGAUCAUGUUGUUUUACUGAGAACUCCACCGACCAUCCUCAGAGUCCUCAGCUGGACAUCUUUUGAGAAUGUGAAGAGCCUUUGUGAGUGUGUGUGUGAGUGUGUGUUUGAGUGUGUGCGAGACGUGAAUGUGUCAAUGUGGUGUGUGUGGUCUUUUGGCUGACAGUGUCGGGCCCGCAGUGCAAGAGCUCAGCUUGACAGGAUGGGGAAAUUUGAAAAGGCUUGUGUAUUUGUGUAAGACUUGGACAGUGAGUCAGUGUGCGUCUCAGUCUAAGUGUGUGUUUUUCGGACUCUAGUCUGUGGGAAAUGUUUGCAUGUGUAUUUGAGGAAAGAAAGAAGCAGCGUGUUGUGAGACAGAUGAGAAGAGGAAGAUAUUUUUGUACAGUUUCCAGUCUUAAGCCAAACAAGCACAGAGUUAGAGUCAGAGCUCAGUAGAUCACAGACGUAAAGAUAAACGCAAGACAGCACACAGUCUGUUUUAUUUCUUUCACAUGAUAGUUAUCAUCGAUACCUUCAUGUCGGCAUUAACGCUCGGCCGCGUGUGUGUCACACUCCGCAGCUUCAUCGCAGAGUCUGAGCAGCUGCGGGAACAGUGGGUGGACGCCAUGCGGGAUGCAAUAGGUGAAGCUUUGUCGAACAGCGAGGUGGCAGAUCGGAUAUGGGCGGAGCCUAGCAACAGUCUUUGUGCAGACUGUGGGGCUCCUAAACCUGAAUGGGCUGCCAUCAACCUGUGUGUGGUGGUCUGCAAACGAUGUGCAGGUUUGUGUGUCAUGAGUUUUUUUUAAAUUUUGCUGUAAUGUUUAUAUUGAAGAAUUUCACAGUGCUGUAACACAGUAUGGAUGUAAUAUGUGUUGACAUGUUCCAGGAGAGCACAGAGGGCUGGGUCCAAGCAUCUCAAAAGUUCGUAGCCUAAAGAUGGACAGGAAAGUUUGGACAGAGGAGCUUGUGCAGGUAUACGCACACACUAACAAACAUGCAAUCUAACUUAACAUAAAAGAUACUUAGCAGUUUUCAUGUAGCUCUUUGAUACUUUCAUUUAUAAAAAUUGAGAAAUUAUCCUGUUUCAUUCCUGGAAUUUGGUCGUAAGAAUCAAAAAUAUUUCAGUUAAUCUUAAAGAAGUUUUAGUCAACAGUGAAAACAUUGAAAACUUUAAUGUGAAAACCAUACAUUACAAAGUAUUCAGGAACACUGCACAAUCCCUGACCCGUGUAGCCCUUCUAUACAUUAACAUCCUCCUUACAACAUCUAUAUCCAAUCCCUGCCUUGUGAUGCAGUUGUUCCUGUCUCUGGGCAACGAGCGGGUCAACAGUUUCUGGGCAGCUAACGUCCCGCCAAGUGAAGCCUUGACUCCCUCGAGCUGCAGUGAAGAGAGACGGCGCUUCAUCACCAACAAAUACCGCCAGGGCAAAUACAGAAAGUACCACCCUUUGUACGGGAACCAGAGAGAGCUCAACAAUGUAAGUCAAAACGUCUGGCUUGAUUGUCUGCGUUUGUUUGUGCCGCCCUGUGGUCUGGAUUUAAGUACAUGCUAUACAUCGCAAAUUCUUCCGGUUAGUCAACACAGCUUUGGAAAGAGGAGUAAGGAAGAUUUGAAAGGAAUUGAGAUUGUUAGUUUGGCAAUCUAGUAUGGAUCAGUGACUUUUUCUGUUCACGUUCAGACAGCCUUCAGUGCUGAUUAUGGUAUUAUCAGCUCCUUUUGUUUACAAGACAUGACUUUGAACUUAAGCUGUGUGUUCAUGUGUCAUAUUAGAGUCCCAGUCUGUGUUGUGCACAGGCAUGUACACACACUGCAGUGUAUAUCUACAUGUUCACUAUUACUCAGAUAGUGACUAAGAUUCUAAGAAUAAUAAAGGCGCCACCAUACAUUCCUGUACUGACCUCUCAGACAGAGAAACUGCCAAACAAAGUACGCUUUGGUAUGAUUUUGUUUGAGAUUUACAUGAACUAGCAAGUUUGUUGUCUCACACCAGUCCAGUCAGUGGCAAUACGCUGGCAGUGGAGAAGUUUUGUGCUUUUAGACAGGGUAUAUCUGUAAUUUUACCCUCAAGUGGGGCAUACAAUGAGCUGAUUUAAACUAAAUCAUCUAUGGUUAGAAUGAAACCCUGGUCCUUGGAUUACAGCUGGCUGGAUACCUGAUUAAGCACAGCAUGCAAACAUAGUCUGCCAAGUGUAAUUUUACUAAUAACUGACAUUCAGUGCCACAGACAGAGUGAUGUUAAAACAGGUCAAACUGACUUUCAGGGUGGCUUCAUAGACAGCAGUGUUUGUAAAAUGUCAGAGCUCAGAAAGGCGAUGUUAAGGGGCAAGUGAUGGCCUUUGUGGAGGGAAGACAUUAAAGUCCAAAGAGUGAAAUAGCUGAGGACAAUGGCCUUUGAAAGGAAAAAAACUAAAGGUGUCUGUCUUUGUUCCUUUUUAACCCUAGAACACUAUUGCUAAAAAAUAGUAACACCAUCACUAUCGCCGGGUGAUGUGACAAAUAAAAGUAGUUUUCUUUUAUUUUUAACUGUGUAAUGUUCAAAGGGAGGAAAAGAAAGUGCCAUGAGGUGACCAUAUAAAAAUGCAACAAAAUAACUGAAUUUGGGCAUUCAUGAACAAAAAGUUCCUAAAAAGUUUAAUGCCAGUUUAAUAGGGUUGGUCAGAUAACUAAAGAAAUAAGCACCAGGUGCCAGACUAACACUAAAACACUUUUUUAAUAUCUCAUUUAAGGUUUUUAUACUGUGCUUCAUAAUAUAUGUAACUUGUGCAUUAUGUUUAAAAUUCUGCUUUUUUACUUUAAGUUUGGGUUAUUUUAUAACAAAACAAUGCAGUAAACUUGACAUUUAGGAGAUUGUAGGUUGUUCUCUAAUUUCGAUCUCCAGUGUAUAUAUAGAAACUGUAAACUUAGUUUCUUUUCCACCCAUUCCUGGGGCAUGUGAGUCUCCCCUGGUGAAGACUCAGGGUCCUUGGCACAAUAACAGCUGCAGGAGAGAGAGACAAAACAUGGCAUAUUUUGAGUGAGUCAAAAUGAUCAGCUGACUCAAAUAUUUCUUAACCCCAUAUGAAUUCCCUUGAAAAUCACUACUUUGUGAUAGUUUUUCAUAACCACUGCACUAAAUAAAGAUAGCAUGCAAAUUCCAGGACCACUCUUCCUGACCUUAUUCCCUACAUGCAGCUAUCAAUCCAUCUACUUUACCCUCUAUCACUGUUGCUGAGUGAAAAUCCCCCGAACACAUGCUUAUAGGAAGAAGCAGGUUUUGGAUCAGGGAAACAAAUAUGCCUUCAAAGAUGUCAAAGGACAUGCUGAAGCUACCCAGAGACCCAUGAUACUCAGACAAACGCAACAUAAUGAAAAUCACGUAAAUAUGUUUGCCGAUAGUGUUCCAGGGUUAAAACUUGUUUGUUGAAUGGGCCUGUAGGAACCAUUUAGGGGUGGCCCAGGUCGGGGUUAUAUAUUCUGUUUCUUUUUGUCGUGCUGCCACAGCAUGAGGCAAAUGUCACAAUUUUCAGACCUAGCGCGGCCACUCAUUAGCCGCUUAACCUACUUACCAUGAACAAAGUGGACUGUGCGCAGACAUACUGAGUGUGUUAGUGAGUCACAUUAAGCACCUGACUGUGGGUACUAUUUUUCCCCCCUUCAGCGUUCAGCUCCGUCUAUGUGUUUGUGAGUCACUCUGUUGGGAUAGAAAGAGAUAACAAAAUUUCCUUAUUACUCUAACACACACACACACACGCACACACACACACACACACAAACAAACCAUAUAAAUCAUUACUACCUCGGUUUAAACUGUCUUUUAAUGAGCUGCUGGUCCUUCCUCCUUCAGUCAGUCCUCUUCCAUCAUGUUUCUUGUCAUUACUCUGUGGUUUUCCCCUCAGUUUGUCCCCUCUUUGAAGUUUUUCUCACUGCUUAUAAAACUUCCCUCCUUUCACACAGAUAUUUCAUCAUUCCUGAUCUACCUGUUCCUCCCUGUCCUGGAUUUGACACUUGAAAUAUUUCUGUUGUGCACUGCUGCUGUUUCUAUUUGGGUGUGCCUUAAGUAUAAAUAGAGUCUGCAAUGAGUUUUGUUAACUUUAAAAACACUGAUUUAGACGCAGUGUGAGUUUGAAAGCGAGAAAGAAACAUAUGUUUAUGUGACUGAAGUACUUGGCUUUUUCCCCACUUCCCUGUCCUCUUUUCCUCCUUUGUUUUUCCUUUUUUUUUUCCUCAAAGUGACAUCACUACUCACUGCUUAUGCUGGAAUGUGCUAAACCCCGCCUCUCCCUCUCUUCUCCUCCUCAUUGUUUGGCCGGGGACUGCCGAAGAAAGUCGAUGUCUGCUCUCCUGGCUCUCUCUCUUUCUUGUUUGCAUUCCCUUAACUUUCUGGCAGACUGAAAAAUCACAGACUGGGACUUUCUUUGCCUUCAGCUACUUAGUGUGUAUGUGUGUGUCUGUGUCAGCUAACAGCCAACGAAGAAGUGCUUGAAAGGGAACUGGAAACUUACAGGUAAGGUUGUGUGUUCAGUAAGCUGUCGUAGAGGGAAGUGCAGGAAGGUACCUGUGUAUUCUUGCAGAUUGUUUUUGAACAGAAUGUGAAUGAAAGUGUGUUUUUAUGUCAGCAAGUACACAGUAGGUAUGUGUGUCAAUGGACCUGCGCUCACUUGAGUCAGUGCGCCGAAGUCCACAAACCUGUAUUUGACCGUAUGUGGGGCAUAGUUUUAUCAUGAGUCUAUAAGCUCUGUUGUGCUGUAGUUGUAGUGUAGUGAGCACAUUGGAGUUAUUGUGCGUCUGUGUAUGUUCUUUACUAAGUGGGGCGAGAUGUCUUUGCAUGCAUAUUUAUGUGUGUGUAGGCAUGUUUGGGAGCCUUUUUUGCAUUUUAGGCAGUGAUACUUUCUAUCACUCUGUGUAUGUGAGUGUGUGUCUGUGUGUCUAUCUCUGUGUCCAUGUGAAGUCAGAGUUGAUGAUAGGCUCACCUCCGUCAAUGGACAUCAUUGUAUCUCACCCUCCUCUAGUUUCUCUCUCUCUCUCUUUCUUUCUUGCCUCUGUAGCACUAGCUAGUCAAUGACUGAGCAGUGCCACAGGUAUUUAUUUGUUCAUUGGAUUUCUUUCUCUCUUGCGACAUCCUUGUGUUCAUGAUUUCGUAAGGAAUUGUUAUGGAUGAGUUUGAGCAUGCGAAAAAGUUCCAAUCGUCUGAGGAAUAUCAUUUAUUUAUUUAUUUAUUUUUACAUUGGGAUGCUUUUGUCAUUAAGCAUCCCAAUGUUGUAAAUUGUUACUCUAACUUUUCUCCCGUGUUUUAUGACUUUUCUCUCAUCAGAUUAGAUAAGAUUUUCCUUUAGUCAUCCCUCAGUGGGGAAAUUAAGUUGUUUACAGCAGUACACACAACAUGCACAUUAUGCACGAAUUGAUUUGUUGUCUUCAAAAAGGAAGUGAAUGUGGGACAUAUUAGGAACUGUGUGAAAAUAGUCAUUUUGAGAACGUUGUUUUUAAACGUGUAGCUUUUGGAUUGUGCAGCUCAUUUUCUUUAUUUUUGCGCACUGUUAAACUCCUCAUAUUUUUAGACCGUAUCUGUUUAUGUUAUAUAUCUCCUGAGAGUCAUGACAAAAAUUUGCAUCUUCCUAAUUUGACUGAAAAAGCCAAAUGUUUCCGGAAAAUCAUUUAGAUGUUUUUUUUUUUUUACAUUAGGAUGCUUUUGUCACUUUGGACAAGACUGUCUGCUAAAUUAAUUCAUAACAUUGUAAACUGUGAUUAACAUUUCUUCAGUGUUUGCGACUUUUCUUACGUCUUUGUGAAAAAAAAUUAAGAUGCGCAAAUUAAUUUGCUGCUCUGUGUAUAUCUAUGUGAGACAGAUUCGCCCUGAGAGAUGCUAAAGAGAGGUUUGAAGAAAAAAAGUUCACUUUUAAUAAAUGUGUGAAAAAAUCUGGUCUGGGACACUCCAAAUAAACCUGUUCCAUCAAGUUUUUGUCAAAAUCAAAAUAUUAGGAACUGUGUGAAAAUAGUCAAUUUGACAACAUCAUUUUUAAAUGUGAAGCUUUUGGUUUGUGCAGCUCAUUUUCUUUCUUUGCCCACUGUUAAGCUCCUCAUAUUUUUGUAACGUAUCUGUUUAUGUUACAUAACUGCUGAGAGUGAUGGGAAAAAAAUUUGCAUCUUCCUUAUUUGACUGACAGGUACAUACAAUUUAGCUGUCUGUCAGUGGGCUAAAAGCCUGCCUCAGCUCUACCUGUUCUACCUCUAGCUCUUCUUUACCUGUUUCUGGGUUGACUCAAAUAAAGGUUGAGUCAGAAUUUUCAAUAUGUUGGCCGCCAUUGUUCCACUUGAAAACACCUCUUUGGAAACUAGCGCUUGAUAUUAGAGAGGCUAUGUUCAUGUCUUAAUGUAGUGUAUUGUUAAUGAAUAGCAUUAUGGGUUCAAACUCUUUCACUGUGGUUUCAAGUCAUGCUUUUCUUUGGAUGCUUCAAUAUCUUCUCAACUCGUCCGCCAUCAGAGAAUAUUCAGUCUUCUUGAGCUUGUAUUUUUGCCUGUGUUGACUGCAUGAUGGUGACCGUCAACAUGCUAUAUGUAGAUAUUUCAGGGAUCUGACCUAGCAAAGAGGCAGUAGUAAAAACUUUUUAUGAGUCUGUUUGUGUGCCGUCUAGUUUUGGAAAUUGGCUUUCGGAAAAAAAAGAACAGUUUCAGGCGUCUCUCACUCUCUUUUUAUCCACCCGUUUUUUUGUUUUAUCUGUUUUACCUUUCCGAGUGAUUUCUCACAUUUCCUCGUUCAAACCACAGGAUUAAAGUCUUUUUAGAUGGGAUCUGGUUUCCUGAUUUUUCUUUUUUCCUUCCCUUCUAGUCUGUCUCUACUUUUUUCCUUUAUGUCUUUCCACCCUUCUCUACUCCAUCUGUCUUGAUUUUCACCUCCAUCUCUCUCUCUUUCUGUCUCCCUGUAAACGGUUUCUGGUGAGGUAAUGAUGGAACAUAUGUGGAUAACCGCUUUCCUCAUCUGGAUUUGAUAUAUAUGAGUGUACACACACAUAUAUAAAUGUGGGUGUGUCCUUGAUUGCAAGUUGAGUUUUCGCUUGAAUGGAGAAAGCAGACCCUGCUGUGCUGUGUGUGUUUGUGUGUGUGUGUGGGGGGGUCAUUACAUAGGGGGUCUGCGAGUAUAAUGUCGAGUUUGUUGCCAAGUACAAUCAGUCUCUGAUGACUGUGCCUCACUGAAAUGCUUUCAUCUUUUCUUUCACAAUAUUUUUCUUUCCUCUGCACCUCUCAUCUAUUUCUUUUCUUCCACUUCUGUCCCGUUGAACAGCAGAGGCCAGAUGGAGAGCUGUGAUUUCAGACACACCCAGAUAAAAAUCUCUCUGUCUCCCCCUCUUCUUCUCUGGGGAAAACCGGGAAAGAUUCUUGAAUUCCCUUUCUCCAUGCUCUCAUUCUCUGUCUAUGCGAGUGUGUAUAUGGGUGUGUGUGUUACUCUCCGUUUCAUAGGCAGCAGAUGUUGGAGGGCGUGAGGUCUUCAAACAAUCAAACCCGUUUCCUUCUUACUCCUGAUUGGUUCUGUCGUUUCAGUCUGAAGACACAUGCUUGGUUAUGGAUACCUUACAGGACAUUGACCUGCAUUCACAUUUAUGUUCAUCUGGGACAUGGGAGGGAUGGUUUUCAUCAUUUUUAGUGUAACACACAGAGUUGUAGAGACUGGGAAUGUGUCAUUACGUCACACUUAUCUGCCUGUGAUUGCAGUAAGAAACUGUUUUUGACCUAUUAUCAAAUUACAGCAUAACAGGGUUAGACUGUAGCAUGCUGGCAAAUAUUGGCCCUGAAAGGAUUAAUCUAAAGCACUGGCUUGUCUCGCCUGAAGUAUCAGCUUGAAGGAAAACAAUAGGGUCAGUUCAUCGUGGUUGUUAAAGUGGAUAACAUUGGAGUCAAAUGAGCAGCAAUUACAUAAACCAGGAUCAACCUGUGUUAGUAUUUGAAGAGUAUUCGAUCUCUAUGACUGGAGGAAAAAAAAUACCAGUUCUUUUUUAAUCAUCAAACAAUUUCUGUAAAAUGGUCAAGGGUAAGGAGAGAGAGGGAGAGUUUACGAGACAUGCAUUUGAGUGUUUCCCAGGUGAAGAAAGAAGAGUUUGGCGACAGAUCAGAGCAGAAAAAGUGAAAACACAGGAAACACAAGUCUAGUUCCCAUUGACCCUGUUUUCCAAGAUCCUCUGCCAAAUCGCUAGCUCUUGUGUGCGUUUUUUUUCCAACAGGUCUUUUAUGUUGUAGUUAAUUCAAACCUUAGUAAUCUUAAAUACUUUAAACUCUCUCACUUCUUUGUUUGCAUUCCAGUUAGACUUGUUUAGUCCUCUGUCUAAUUUUACUUCAGGUUGUAAAGAGACAUUUUUAAAUCAUUUCCUGUCUUGUUUCCUUAUUUAUAAUGAUCAGACUAAGAAACAGUCUACCUCACAAACUAUUGCUCCUAAAGUUCUGAUUUUUUCAUUAGUAGCAUCCUUAUUCAGCCUGUUUUGCAGAGUAUCUCUGCUCUGCAAUGUCUUCUUUUUUGUGCUAAAAUUAUGAUUUAAGAGUAACCUGGCAUCUAAAUGGAAAGCAAACCUGAAUAUGUUGGUCAAUACAAAGCUUUUCAGUGUGUGCCAGCUCUGUGAUGACCCUCAUGUGAUCCGUAUGAUUAUAUAAUUUGAGCGUUCAUCAUGUGCUCCAUUUAACAUGAGUGUUCAGAUGUCAUCUAUAGUGUACUAGACUAGGGAAACGACGCUUUGCUCCAUGUCUGGUGCAAAGUGUGUGUGUGUGGAGGGGUUGCUUGUGUAAUUUAAAUCUUAGUUAAUAAGUUUGUUUGCGUAUGUGUGUGUGUGUGUGUGUGUGUGUGUGUGUGUGUGUGUGCAGAGGCUCAACAGUGCUUACAAAGAGGAGGGGUUCUGUCUGUGUGUGACAGAGUGCUGAGGAAUUUCUCAGUCAGAUCCAGAGGAGCUUAUUGGUUUUAGCCGAAGACAGCCGUUUGUGUGUAUGUGUGUGUGUGUGUGUGUGAGUCUGACUUGUGUUCCUCAGCUGUAAAAACACUGCAUCCUCCUUUUCUCAGUCAUAACAUCUUUCCUUUCCGCUCCCUCCCCCUCCUCCUUCCUCUUUCUUUACAUUUGGACCCGUCAUAAUUGGACAAAACUUUUCUAGUUAAAACUUUGCCUUGAUUGAGAUUGAUUCAUUUCUUUUGUUUCCAUUAUAUAUUAGGGACUUACCAAAUAAUCUUGAAACAUAUUGCGGUUGGUUGUAAUUAAAUGUGUAUACAGUGGAUUUAAUGGUGGCUCAAUAGUUGGCACGAGACUGUGAACCUUGGGAGGACCUGCGGGAACUUAAUAACACCCUCCAGAGUUGGUCCAAUAAGAAUUGCAUCAUUUUUCUUUAAUUUCCAAUGUAGUUCAUUUGUUUAUCCACAAUAACAAAGAUACAGAGCGGCAUCAGUGUAGAAUACAUGUGUGGCAUCAGAAAGCUCAUUAUUCUGGAUCAGGUUAUAAAGCCUUACUUCACUCGUGCAGUGAGUUUGGCCUCAGCUGUCUCCUUUGAAACAAUGCCAACAGAGAAUCACAUGAUAUGUUUUAAGACAGGUCAGCAGAUGCAGGACCAGAGUACAACAGUCAUCACUUUAUUAUCAUGUUGAUUUCUCCACUUAUUCUGUUUGACUAUCCUUUCUUUCCUCCCAUUCAGACACUCCCUCUUCUGUCUGUUUUGUCUUCCAAUGUAUUCCUCCCCCGGGUUCAUUGUUCAUACAGAAGUAUAAUAACUGCUAUAUUAACAUGAGGAUUUACUCACAUUUUAACUUUAUCUUCCUCCCUCCUUCCCCGCAGGCUCUCUGUAUAAACGUGCAGUGCAGUGAUGUUCUGGAGACUCUGAGCCUGGUUUUCUGCGGUGCAGAUGUCAAUUGUUCGACUGGUGUGGCAAGUUGGCCCUCCCCUCUCUCCCUGGCCAAUGCACACUCGCAACCUUUGCAGGCUGAGUUAAUUAGCCACAAUCUCAACACAGGUACAGUAAACCAGCGCACGCACAGGAUCAUGUAAACCGACAGGUUUCAGCAGCAGUGUGUCACAGAUCUUGAUUGUUUUCUGGGUUUUGUCCAUGCUAAGAGGUCAUACUUGAGCUUUGUGUGAAUAACCGUGUAAAGAGUUAAAAUUAUUUCCCCUAAUUGUGAUUCCAGUCACAUAUGUUUUCCAGUAAAGUGAUAUUUCUGAAUGUUACAUAACCUAAAACACAUUCCUGCCAUACCAGGGAGUGUUUGGGGUUUCUAUAACUUUCCCAUUAACUUUGUCAGAAGCCGUAUUUGAGGUACAUGACAGCCUGUGUGGAAGUUUUGCACAACAAGAUUCUUCAGCUCUGUCUGUUUGUUUUUCUCUCCUUCAGAGCUGCCGCGGUCAGAGGUGGGUGGGGACAUGAAGGCGCAACAUUACUUACCACAACCUUGUGUGUCUCACAAUGGCUUCCUGUAUAAAACUGCGUCCAUGGCUCGGGCCGUAACAGAGCGCAAGUCCAAAGAGGGUAUUUACAGACCACCUACACUUCAUCUUCUUUUUUUUCUUUUUACGUUACAAGAAAGCAGCACAAUGAAAAGAUAAUGUGUGUUAGUAAAUAGAGAAAACUGACAUGUAGUGUCUUUAUGAUUGUUGACUCUUUACUUGUUCCUAUGUGUAGAGUUCAGUCGUCGCUGGUGCACACUGAAUGACGGCACCUUCAGCUACUAUGAGAGUGACAAAAACUCAAACCCUAAUGGAGCUCUGAAGGGUUCAGAGAUCACUUGUCUGGCUGUUGAUGUCCCAGAGAGACAUGGGUAUGCACACAAACACACAAAUACAUUUGUGCAAACUGAUCCGUGUCUCUGCUGGUACACUGUCUGUUUUCAAAUUUGACACACAACAUAGAGAACACAGCUCUUAUUGUGCAGAAUAAGCUGUAAAAUAUUCCCAAAUGCAUGACAGGAAACUUGAACUCAGCCGUUUUGUUGUUUCCUCUGUUCACUUCUGGGUGACCUCUCUUUCUAACCCUCAGGUAUGACCACACCUUUGAACUCUACUCCGAGUCAGAGCGGCUGUACCUGUUUGGUACUGAUGACCCAGAGAGCCACAAAGCAUGGGUCAAGUCUAUUGCCAAGGUAACCAUUAAAUAAUUCAAUAACACAAAAAGUCAAACUCUCUGCCUCUUGUCUCAGGUGAACUGUUACAAAUAAGAAAAAGGUCAGACACUUUUUUCCUCUUUUUGUAACCCUCCUCUUGUGUUAAGGUCUGCACCGACCUGCUUUUGUUUUUUUUAAUGUUUAAAAGAACCGCUUAAAUUAGCUUUUUUGCAUCAAGACUUUUUGACUUUGUCAGGAACCUUUAUUUCAACAAAAUAAAAAAUAAAAAAAUUCAAUUGACUAAAUUGUUAAAUGCUCUUAUUAAAAUUAUGACACAUGUCGUGAAAGGGUUGCUGUUGACCCGGUUAGAUUAAUAUCUAAUAUUUGGAGCAAAAACUAAAUUAUAUGUGCACUUUCAGGCACCACACUGACAGUCAGAUCCUCUUCCAAUCAUGUGAAAUUUAGGAAAUUCUCAUUUUUCCAUGUUUUUCUCUGCACAAAAAACAACAUCUGGCAUGUCCAGACAUGUGAGAUCAAUUCAGUAUAGAUGUCUGUAUGAGGGGUAUACUGACAAAGAAAGGCCCAGAGGACCACAACAAAACAAAAUUUUAAGCAAUAUUUUCAUGGAUUAUGAUGCCUAACAAGGUAACCUAGAGAUAAGAACCAACUUGGAUGAUAGAGAAUCCUUUUUAGUGUAAUUUACAGCUGAUUUAAGACACGGGUCAAAACUGACCCUUAACAUUGUGGGUGCGUAGUAAAAGCUAACACAGGAGGAAGGUUAAAUGAAAAUGCAAAGCUUUUAUAAAUGUGAGAUGUCCUGGUCCAACUCUGCUUAUUACCAUGUGGUUAGGACUGAGCUUGCUUAUGCCGAGUUGGCUCCUGUGAUGCUUAUUUUCCCUCAGCAGCUGAGAUAACUGUCAGCUACACAGUGGUGUGAAACAGUUACUUUAAUCCUUCGCUCAUAUCUGUUGGAAAUUUGUUUAUACUGAGUGUGUCCUUGAAUUUCUCUUUCCAUUGAAAGAGCUUAAACCUUUCCUCUAACAACUUCCUCUGUAUAUGUUAUCUGGGCUUCAAUUAUAGACAGACUAAAGUGGUUGAAGUGAGAAAAACGGGAUCAGUGCAUCUCAAAGUCAUGUUGCAUGUUGUUUCCAUCUGCAGAGCUUUAUCCCAGCCAUCGCAGAACCUUUACUGAGGCUGGGCUUUGAGCGAAUCGGGCGCCUUAAGUGUAAAGACGGUUUGAACCUGCAAACAUCGAAGGUCGGCUGGUUCGCUCUGGUGGGCUCCACACUUCAUGUCUACCUGUCAGACAGCCAAGGAGAGGAGAUCCACCUCCGCAAACUGAACGAGCUCUGUGAGUGAGACACAUAGACACAAACACACUCACCUUAAUACUGACAGAAAUGCAUUUGUACACAAACUAGAAGUAAUAUAUUGUUAUUGUAACUUUUUCUGUAAAGCUGAGAAUAAUAUGAUCACUUUACUUUUUGUGAUUUACAGCGAUUCAGCAGGACAAUGAGGUGCUGGUGCUGGUGGAGAGAGGCAGGUGAGAGAGAGAAGAUAAUUUGUGACUCUUGCAGGAAAAAUCCAUUUUUAUUCAGGCCUAGUUCAUCACUUCUUACAGUAUUUAGCCGCUGUAAAUGUAAACGGUACAGCUCAUUGGUUUUUCAUUGAUCAUUGAUAUCAUCGCCCCUCAUUAACCCUUUACCUCUCUGCUCUUUUUUCUUUACUCUAAAGAACUCUGUACAUCGAGGGAGAGAGGAAGUUGGACUUUGCCGGCUGGUGCACAGCCAUCCAGGCGGCUGCAGGGAGCGGAGGAGACACACUGAGCCAGCAGCAGCUAACUGACACUGACAUCCCUGUCAUUGUACACAGCUGCAUCGGCUACAUAACGCAGUGUGGUAAGGGAGAAACAGCUAAACACAUGCAUUUAUUAGUAUGUCCCUUUAUGUUUAUCUAUCAACCUACUGAAUCUGAUCAAUACUUUUGAGUAAUGCCAGAUUAAGACAAAUGUUUUCUUGAAUCACAAAGAGGCAGGUGUAGACAAGGGUGUCAGUUUGUUUCAAAAAGUGGGGGGACGGCUAGUAGCAAAAGUGACUGCUUAGACUUAUUUGAUGUAACCAAUGCCACCUUGCAUAUAUUUAUUACACGGGAUAAUCAUAGGGUUAAACAAGUUUUCUAAGUCACCACAGGUAUUAUCAGAAGAAAUAGCACACUCUAGGUCUCAACUUCAACUUCGUGAAGGUCUGCUGCGUCUCUCAGCAACUCUCGGAUGAACACGGAUGGUGCGUUCAGGAGCGUCAGAAAACAACUGGGGUUACAAUGGCUUACACGUGAAGGAUUUGUGUGUGGUGAAGACAAAACGACCCCUGAUAAACUGACGCCUCUUUUAUCAUUUGAAGUCACUGUGAGGAUAUACAAAGACAUACAUGCCUAAAGCUGCGCUCCUCAUCUAUUUAAAACUCAGUAUUUGAAAUGCUAAGCUUACAUUUGCUUUAAAAACAGUUUCUCUCCUGCUCACAUUUUGCUUUUUCUGUAUUUCUGUGCCCGUCCUUGAGUGACUUAAACAUCAGGAUUUCUGGCUCUGCGAGAAAUCAGCAGACUGCACGACAACAAAACAACUCUGUUCCACCUCCUUUUCCUCCCUUGCUCCUCGCUGGUUUUCUACCCCUCUCUUUUGUUUUUCCAUCUUUAUCUUUUGUUUCUCAUUCUUUGUCUUCCUCCCACCCCGAACAGCUGACCUGGCUUCUUUCACUCUGACUACAUAUCUCCUUUUGCUUUGAUCUUUUCCUCCAUUUCGCUCCUCUCACUCUUCCAUCUCUCUCUGUUUUCUUGUAUGCACUUUUGUUUCCAUAUGUGUGUGUGUGUGGGAGGGAGGCUUCAUUAUGCUGUUAUACUCUUUUUCCUGUCAAGAAUGUUAAUCCCCACAGUUAGCUUUCCAGGAAAUCAGGGCGGAACUGUCUGCCGUCUUGUAGUCAUUUGGCGUGACACAACAUCUGAUGUAAUCCUCCUUAUGUUAUAAUGUAACACAGGAUAUUUCUGACUUUAUGGCAAAUUAAAGAAACAAAUUAUUGACGUGAGGAUUGUCGGUCCCUGACUUCUGAUGAGUUUAAGUGACUCUCUUUUAGAGAGCAGAGGCCCUCUAGUGGACAUAAUGUGAACUAGGAUGUAUGAGCAGGGCCCUUUGAUUCAUUUUCUUAAGAAUUAAUUUAGCGAUCAAUAAUAACAUAAUUAAUGAACUUUAAAUCAAAAUUAAAACUAAUGUAUUCUCUCUUUAUAACCAAUCGCUGAGCCUGCAUUACUGCGAAUUUAAAACCCCACGAUAAUGUUAUGUGAAUAUCUUUUCUUUGUAAUACUUUAUGUGUCUGUUAAGGCUUGACAUCUGAGGGGAUCUAUCGUAAGAGUGGUGUGAAUUCCCGAGUGGCGGCUCUGUGUGAGAGAUUUCGUCAGGAUGCUCGCAGUCUUUGUCUGAGGGAAGGAGAGCACCAGGUGGACGAUGUUUCUACAACACUCAAACGCUUCUUCAGGGAUUUAGAGGAGGGAUUGUUCACAGCGGAGAACGCCGGCACCUGGCUCAGUACUGCCGGUAAGACACACCGAGCCGUUCUUGUUCUUUUAAGUGCGGUGAAGUCGUGAUUUGAGGACAGGUCAGUUCACCGACAUUACAAGGAACACAUUUCUGCACUUACCUGGUGGUACCUCGUCGUUUAUAUUUAUUUCAUGAGGUUUGGAGGUGUUUUAUGUCUCACUAAAACUCCUCUUUUGGUCUCUCUCUUUCCCUUUUCGUCUCUUACACUUUCAUCCUGUGCUUUCCACCCUCUCACUUUCUGACACUCUUUGAUCCUGCUUCUCCUUUUCAUUUUCUCUGUAUUCCUAAUGUCGCUCCUCUACGUUCUCUUUCUCUAUCCAAAUGCAGCCAUUCAGGAUGAAAGUAUGAAAAUCUCCCAGUACCAGCAGCUGUUAAAGAGACUGCCUCGUGUAAACAAGGCCACACUACAAGCCCUCAUCAACCACCUCUAUUGGUGAGAAAAACACACAUAAACACACAAAAAUGUCUCUUUAUGUCUGACUGAUUUACACUCAGGUGUUUUUACUGCGUGUGUUUUUAGUGUGCAGCGCUUUUCUGAGUUGAACCAGAUGAAUCUUCAUAACCUGGCCAUCGUGUUCGGGCCCACGCUGUUCCAGACGGAUGGGAAAGACUACACAGCUGGACGCGCCAUAGAGGACCUCAUACAGCACUACACACUCAUCUUUGAGGUUAAACACACACACGCUCACAGCUCAACUGAAGGGUGACAGGAGGGGAAAUUGAACGGGAUUUCCUCUCUUGAGCAUAGACUAAAAUUCCUCCAGCCAUAGUCUAAAUGUAGGGGAGACCGGGGCUUGUUGUAACACUUUUUACACUCUUAAAAAUUUCUUGGAAUUAAUACAUUGUAUAUAAACAAAAUGUGUACCAGAUGAAAGACAAAAGUCUCAGGUAUAUAUUUCGUAUUCAUCUCAUUUUCAUAUCUUAUGUCAGUGCAGUUAUAAGCAAUCAAAUAGAGAGUGUGAACAUGUAACAUGUUGCAUCACUAUCGGGUAAGUUGUCUCACUACAUGGGGUAAGAUGUCACAGUGGAUUUUGCAGCUAAUAAAACAAGGACAAAAUUAUUGUUCUCAUUUUUCUACUUGAAAGUGAACAUCAAAGUCAGGCACAGGAAAUGUUUAUCAUUGAGCUAGAAAAAGUCACUGAACAAACGUUAACAUAAAAUAUUAUUCAACAUGCUCUGGAGUUUGGAGAGCUGUCUGACUCUGUAUUUCAGCUGGGGUGAAUGUUUUGCAGUACCUAGCCAAGGUAUGGUAGUUGACAUUAAAGUCCUUUAUUGUAGUCCAGAUUGAUUUAUUAGCUCAGGUCACCUGCCUGACUGUCCUCAGCAUCACGUCAGGAACUGCACUGACACGUUCUGUUUAUCUUUUGUGAGUCCUGACCAUGUCCUCUCACUUUCUCCUCUCCUAUAAACCACUCUUUUCUCUGUAAAAAUAAAGUCAAAAUUUCAAUAUGACAACUCCUGAUAAGGACACUCUCCAUGUUAAUUUUAAUCCUUUUUAAACAUGUGACAACUAACCCCAAAAUGACUGAGACAUGUUGCCCCAAACUACCAUGUUUGCUAAUUCAAGCUCUAGCUUAAAGUUAGCUUAAAACAAAACUACUAUUAUUACUAGAAAACUACUAUUCCACUUUUUAGUUGCGCCCUCAAAGCCUCACAAAGACAGAAAUUCCCGUUCUAACUGCCAUUUUUGCUUUGAUAUGAUUAUAAUCGCAGCCAUAGUAAAGGCAUUAGCUCAAAUAACAUCGAUAAUAAAACUCCUGCCUCUAUCAGAUUUACAACAAUGAGAAAAUAAUGAGGUUUGAAAUGCCAAUGGGGCUUCCAGCUUGAGAUCUAAAGAGUGCCAUGAUUUGUAAUUAAAGCAUUAUGCCAGUUAACGAUUGAUUCAUUAUUUGCAGGUGGAUGAGCAGCAGCUAAAGAAGCAGCUAGAGGAGAUUACUGUCAUCAUCCGAGUGCGGGAGAAACUUAGCGUGAAGUUUCCUGUGAGUCACACAAAUCAAUGGAGCAAUCUUGUUUAUUCUAGAUUUGUUUUGAUAAUCAGAUGGGUUUUUUUUAGAUAAUCUGGUUCAUUUUGUGUGGUGUUUUAACUUUUUAGAUGGCAUGACAUACCAGAGAUUACAAUCAAAAUCAUUAUAUGUUACUCCAAGUUUAUAUUCAAGCUUAAGGGCGAAAUAAAGCACUGUUUUCAUAUCUGUUUGUAUAUGGGACAUUUCAGAGCACUGAACCUGGAGGUCACUUCAUCUGCACAGUUUACCUAGAAGAGAAGAAGGACACUGCAGAGCAACACGUCAAGGUGAUCGAAUAGCACAGUAUAAUUCUCCAUUUCCCUCUUUUUGCACCUAAUCUCCUCUGGAGGAUUAGCACAGCAGGGUAAAUCUACUGUUGGUGUUAGUUUGUAGUCGCUGUGUGACUCUGUGACUGUCUUCUUCAGAUUCCUGGUUCUAUGACAGCAGCAGAGUUGACCUGUGAGGUUCUGGACCGGCGAAACAUCCCAGUGAAAGACAAAGAGUACUGGAGCUGCUGGGAGAUCAGCGACAAGGAAGAGAUGGGUAAGACACAGGGCCGGCUGGUGGGUUUUGGUGGCCCAAAACACUCCCUGUGCAUCCCCUAAACAAAACUGAUAUUGUUUGUAGCCUUCCAUUGUGUUGCAUUCUAAACAGACGAUGACUUCACAGUGGGACAUCAUGAGCUUUUAGAUCGUCUAGAGUCUAGACAAGUGGUGGGCAACUUUGAUGAUGAACAGGGCAACUAUAUUUCCACACUCAUUCCAGGUGGCCACCUUACAUAUGCUGUCAGGUCCAUGUACGAUGUCACACAAAAGUUGCAAAAAUAGCCGAUCUUCAAGCUCCCUGAGCUGCCAGUUGCCUAUGUAUGGUCUAGAACUAGCUAGCUAGUUAUUUUUGUCCUCCUUUUUCGGUGGGAGGUGGAAUGAUGUGCCCCCCCCCCAUUGGUUGCGGCCCUAAGCGACCGCUUAUACUGCUUAAAGCAAGGGCCGGCCCUGGUACGACAGAUGGAAAACCAAAGGGAGAAGUUUACAUUUUUCAGCCUAUUACCAUGUUUUGUUAUCCUUUUUUAUCCAUUCAGUCAUAUUUGACUAAAUCUGCAUUUUUCUUCUCUAUUUGAAGCUCUUUAUGUAGAGAGUAAUUAGAGGUUACAUGUAGGAUUAACAUGAAAGAUGACACAGCUAGCAGCAAAACAAAAUGAAUUGGCCCUCAGCUUGUUUAUAGCUCUCCCACUCAACCUGCAGCCUGACCUACUCAAAGCGACACUCAAACUCCAGAGGCAAAGAGAUCAUUCUCAAUGUGACCGUGUGUCGGGGUUUGUUUUGAGCCUGGUAUGUGGGCCAUCUGGUUCCCAACCAGGAAGCCUUUAGGUGGCUCAUCAUAUGCCAGUAGUGUUCUGCUCGUCUGGCAGAUUUCCCGUCACUGGCGAAGGAGAAAGUACAGAGAGCAGGGAAUCAGAGAGGAUGAGUGAUGAAAUGAGCUGGGGGGGGGAUUCUGUCGGGUUGCUUGUAAAAAAUGAAAAAUAACAAAUGUUUUAUAUGUUGGUUGAAAAGCCAGAACUGCAGGAACAUUACAGCUAACACAAUCAAUAUUAAUAGUUGGAGAAAAUUGAAAUUCUGUAACUUUUCAGUUGCAGAUAUCGUGCACAAGUGUCAAUCAUGAUGUUGUGAGUUUGCUUUUUGUGUGACAAUGACAUUGUUCUGUAUUAUGUGUCAUGGUGUCUCUCCCAGAGCGUCCGCUGCACUAUCAGGAGCGAGUCUUACCCAUCCUUCACUCCUUUGGCACUGACUCUCAUCUUCUCAUCAAGAAGCACCUCGCCAUGGACAUGAUGGUCCUCUACCUCGGUAAACUCUCAAUCCUAACAGAAAGAAAUUGUCUCUCUCUUGCUGUUAGCAUCCCUUCACUAUUAACAAUCUCUCAAUCUGACCUACAGCCAGUAAAGUAGAUGCAUCCAAACACGGGAAUAUGAAAUUCAGAGAAGAGAGAAGCAUUUUGGGAUUGGGACUGUCUUCAGGAAGUUUCCAUGACCGAUAUUUCAUCCUCAAUUCCAACUCUCUCAGGAUGUACAAGGAAAUCAGAGUACGUCUCACUGAUUUUAUCUAUAUUUUCUCCACCUCUAUCUCGUUCUGUUUCAGGUUUAAUCACUUUGUUUUGUCUCCCUCCUUCCAUCAGAGUAACCGAGCAGAACGUGAAUGGCCAGUGAAAAACCUUAAGGUAUAUCUGGGUAUGAAGAAGAAACUUCGUUCUCCCACUUGGUGAGCACCUGCAGCGCAGUUGUCACUUCUCAUCAGCCUCAUCAUUACUGAGCGUCCGGGCAGCAGUUGAAAAAGCGUGAACCGGGAUCUGACACCAAGAGAGAGAAGGGAAAAGUACAGGGAGAAAUGUGCGAUUGUCCAUCACCCACAGAAAUAUUUGGAAAUAAGACAGAGCUACGAAGUGCCCACCACUUCUAUAACUUAAAUCAGUGGUUCUCAAGUCCAGUCCUGGAGGCCCACUGUCCUGCAUGUUUUGGAUGUUUCCCUGCUCCGACACACCUGAAUCAAAUGAUCAGCUCGUUGUUAAGCCAUUACAGAGCUUGAUAACGAGCUAAUCAUUUGAAUCAGGUGUGUUAGAGCAGGGAAACAUCCAAAACAUGCAGGACAGUGGGCCUCCAGGACUGGACUUGAGAACCACUGGCUUAAAUAUACAGAGUGCAAAAUCUCUGCUCAACUAUCCUGGUGUGAGAGAGUAUUUAUAGACCACUUAGCAAAAUUCAGCAUUAAAAAUUCACAUUAAGAUCAAAUAUCUCAUUUCAUAUGAAGCCUAUGGAUUAACUUUGGACUAGUUUUGUCUGUAAAUGACGACAUAAAGCCUCUGCUAAUUCAAUCAGACACGGUUUGAAUGAUAAAAUUAGAUGGCAGCAAAAGUCUUCAUAAAAUUUAAGAAGUUAGUAUUCUCAUUGCUCCCAGAAUAAAAAGAUUUUUUUGUUUUUAUGUACACGCACAUGUUCAUUAAACUGUUUUUAUAUGAAGCAAAUGUUUAAAUCCCCCUGAGCUUUUUUUCAAAUUAAUCAUUUUAAAAAGCGUAAACAAGCCGAGAGAAAAUUCUGUAAUCCCACAUGCUCUUUUAGCGUCACAAUCUAAAGGAAUAAAUGAAUGUUUAAUCUUCAAUUAUUCAUUUUCCAAUUUUAGAUGCACUUAAUUAUUUGCCUUAUUUGGACUUGAAGAGAGUGACCACUAGGGGGCAGACUGAGCUUGAGAAUCGCUUGAGUGUUUAUAGCUGUGCUGCUGUUGAACCAAUUCUGCCUGUCUGUGUCUGUUUCCUUUACUGUUUUCUAGUUGGGGGCUGACAGUGGUGUAUGAAAGUAAGAAGCAAGAGAAACCAGAGCGACAGCAGUGGUGAGUAGCUGUCCUACCUGAUUUUUUGUAAACAAACACUAAAAAAAGGAAGUUAUUUUUUCUUCCUGCCGUUGAGGCACCAGACUUUUUUUUUUAUUUUUUAUUUCCCAGCUGCUUGAUCCAGCUGAGAUAACUCGCCCACUCUUCCUGACACGUCCUCUCUGUUGAUGCCCUCCAAUUUUCCCUCAGCGGCAGCACAUUCACAUUCAUGAUUCACAUGUAAACAUGACCAGCGUUUGAAAUAGCAAGCAGUUUUCCAGUAGACAGAGAAAACAGGUCAGAUCCCUGCGUGAGAGUUUGGAAGAGGAGGCAUAUGAAAGGUCGUCUCCACCCAGGAGGGAAACACACAUGAGUUCACCUGUAACCAUGACUCGAUCCUAAUCCUGGGGUCUGUUCACACACAGGCAUCUAUAUGUGUGCACAUGUAUGUACUGUAGUUGUGUACAUCCAUGUGCAUGCCCAGUGUGUGUCCAUGCGUUCAUGUAGGAGGGGGGGACUCUUUGCUGUCAGCAGCUGUUGACAUCAGUGCGGCGGUAAUGGGACUGCUGUUCCCGUCACGCUGUAGGCAGCAUCAUCUCUCGGUUUCGCUCUGUGGCCUUAUCACUCACAGAAAAGAAAGGAACACACCUGAGAGGAAGAAACAGAGAGAGGAGGGGAAUGGAGAAGAAAGAUUAGGAGGGCAUGCAGAGGAAGGGGGAAAAUAGAGAGGCAAAAUGUGCGUCAGAGGGAGGAGGAACUGUAUGAUCAGUUAAGAUGUAGCAUGAACUUUCGGUGAAAAGAAACUUGGUGUGGAGAAGAGUGUAAGACAUGAGAGAGGGAGAGUAAAUGUAGGCAAAAGUUACGAGGUGACAGCUGAAGUUGAUGCUCCCUGAACUCUUCGAUUCCAAUUUACCCUACAUUAGCUGCGUUUACAUGGGCACAAAUAAUCGGAACCGAUUGGAAUAAAAAUGCGUCAUGUAAACAUGUCGAUCGGAAGAUUCUGAUUCAAUUCGGCUCAAUCAGAAAGAAAUUGUAUUCUGAUCAAGAGGGGUGAUCAUUUAUGAUGAUCAUUAUUCCGAAACACGUCCAUGUAAACACUUAUUCCGAUCGUGACUCUCUUACCUGACUCGAUCUUCACUCUUUAGCCUUUGGCUUAUUUAUUUAGGCCAGUAUCAGAAGGUUUUAUUAUUAAUACUGUGUUGUUAUUCCUCAAUUUGUUAUAAUUUCAUAGCGACCUCUUGGGGUAGUCAUCCCCCAGAAGGUUAUUUAGGGCGUAUGUAAUCUUUUAACUGGCCAGAUCUUCUUUCAUUUGCAUGAUAUUGUUUGACUGGUGAAGCUGAGCUGUUGACUACCACUGGCGAAUGGCGCGGUUAUCGUGAAGUGCUAGUUAGCAGAGCAUGUGUAAGAAUUAUGCUACAAAUAAAUACCUUGAGGACAAUAACCAGGUGUCGGAGCUUGAGUGACACUGUUUUCGUCAGUUCAAACACCCUAUACACGCCAUCUAGUGACAUUUAACCGGAGGAAAACUCCUGGAUUGGAUGGAGUGAGCCACUACUGUGUUUGUUGGUUUGUAGACAGCACAGGUGUAAAUACAACUCUUCUUCUUCUGUGGUUGUUUUAGUGAAACCAGACAACUCUGCACAUGUCCAAAUGCUUCUAAUCUGAAUAAAGCUUGGUGCAUGUAUAUUCAUGUCAUGAUCUGAUUGUUUGAUUUUGUACCCAGGAAAACAGUGGAUUCAGAUUAUCCGAACCCUCAAUUUUUUUUUAUUGUAUCAAGAAAUUUUGCUCAUGUAACCGGGGCUACUGACUUAAUGUGGCUGAAACUUUGAGUCAUUUUCUGUGUCUGUCAAACUGUUAUUCCCACAUGCUGCCAGUCACUAUCUCUAAACCUGGGAUGCUGUUACAUUCAGAAUAUUAUGUAAAUUUGAAUCCGUGUCUUAAUGAAAGUCUGCAGUGAUUAAUGAACAGCAUUUUGUCCCCUGCAGUUGAUCAUGUUCGAGAUUAGCGGUCCAGUUAAUUGCGUAGAAAGUACAUGGAUUGUAGAACAUUACCGAAUACUAAGCUGUAGGUAUGCAUGCUCCACUAGAGUCACUGUCCUGUUCCGUAUCCCAACAAGCACUAAUGAGCUCUGCAGGGCUUAAUGAUGUAAACUUGGGAAAAGGAGGAGUUGUGUGUGUGUGUGUCUGUGUGUGUGCUAGCACGUGUGCAAAAAUCUCUUGGAUGUUGCCAAAUUUAUGUUAGUGGUGUGCACUGUACUAUAUUCUGUUGAGCACUCUGAGUCAGUAUUUUGUUGUGUCUCAGUGGAGAGAACUUGCAUAAUAAGAAUUGCUCGUAAUAGCAAAGUCGUAUAAAUAACCUAUUUAUUCAGCAUCACAGCAGGGCUGAUAGCUCAGAGGGCUCCAUGACAACAACCUGACUGGCAUAAAAUAACACACACACACACAGGGAGACAUCACAAAGUCAUACUGCAAACAAUCUUUUUGGAGACAUAGGCACUCACUAAACGCUGCUGCUAAUCAGUGUGUGUCUUUGUGGGAGAUUGAAUAAUGAAUUACAUUGAGUUGAUGCUUUUAGAGCUGUGUAACAAGGUGACAUAGGAAGAGAAAAUGUGCCGACACCAGUGUUAUUUUCUACCACCUCUCACUUUCUUUGGGUUCCUUAUCCUCAGUUUCCUUAGUUUCACUCUGCCUGUCUUCUGCUCUCCCAAGAUACACACACUCACAGACAGAAAUCUCGGUUUUCACACACACACACACACACACACACACACACACACACACACACACACACACACACACACACACACCACCGCCUGAUUUUUUUUUUUAUAUAUCUCGCCGUCUCCCUCACUUUGUCACCUUCUUUUUAUUCGCAGGUAUCUUUGCUGUGACACGCAGUCAGAGAUGAGAGAGUGGUAUGCUACUUUUCUCAGCAUCCAGGUGUGAUCUCACUCUCUCACACACACAAAUAUAUAUACACACAUGCAUAUACACGCACACAAAAUCUAGCAUGCCACAUGAAAACACUUAAAAACAGCAGGAACACCUAUCUAAUAGGGUUUAUAACAACCUUUGUGAGUGAUUAUAAGCAUUCAUGUUGUUGAAGUGUUAUAAGCAGUGAGCAUAAUGCCUUAUAAAGGUAUGGUUUAUUAUGUAUUAUACCUUAAUGCGAAAGAAAAGGCUGGGUAACAUUUUACUUGACGCCUAUCUCUAUAAUGCAUUAUAAUCACAUUAUAGCACUGUAUAACUAUAGUUAUAAACACUCAUUAAUGAUCAUAAUGCUUCAUAGCAAUAAUCAUAACGCAUUAUAAAACAUUUUAUCAUUAAUUACAAGGUCAGGAAUUAUAAUGUGUUAUGCUUAUUGUUAUAAAGCCUUAUAAUAAUUAAUGAGUGUUUAUAAUGAUAGUUACACAAGUUUAUAAGCAGAUUACAACACAUCAUAAUUAUAUGUAUAAUGCAUUAUCUAUGUGGGCAUUUUCAGUGAGUUGUUAACACAUUUGUAAUGUCGUAUGGUUAUUGCUAUAAAGCAUUAUGAUCAUUUAUGAGUGUUUAUAACUAUAGUUAUACAGUGCUGUAAUGUAAUUAUAAUGCAUUAUACAUAUAUUUAUAAUGCGUUAUAGAGAUAGGCGUCAAAUAAAGUGUUACUAAAAGCUGCAUCUUUUGAAUUAAAUGGUUUAGUAACAUCUUUUAAGUGUGACAAUGAUGCAUUUUAAGAGGUUCAUAUACCGUAUUUUUCGCACUCACCUAAAUAUAUGGCGCACCAUCGAUGAAUGCGUCUAUUUUCAUACAUAAAGUGCACCGGAUUAUAAAACGCAUUAAGCCAAACAAAACAGUCAGAUAAAUCAAACUUUAUUUAACUCAUUCAAUAACUCUGCGAGGCUAUGGUAGCUGCAGUGCUCCGACAAGCCAAACGGAUUUAAAGUGUGCCUUAUUGUGCGAUAAAUACGGUAAGUGUUAUAGAGAAAAUUAAGAUGUCUUUGGAGAGAAACUUCCCUAAUCUUCCUCUAAGUCUCAGUCUCCUUUUCCUGUGUCCGUGUCCACUCCUCAUUGCAGCACGACGGUGACGUGUGGCCUCAAGACGGACUCCAGCAGACACGGGCAAACCGUGCAUUGGUGACGGACACGCGUCAUGGUAACGUGUCACUGAUUCCGCUGCGUGGCAGUGAGAAUGAGAUGCGAAACAGCGUAGCAGCUUUCAGCCAAGACCCGCUUGCUGUGAGUGAACCCACCAAUCAGUGGGACUAAUCUCGGACAAAACCGGGAAGCUCAGUGGAAAGCUCCUGGCUAAUCAGAGACAUUCAUGCUGCUCAGGUGGUCCCAACCCUCAACCCUAAUCCUUUACUGAGGAAGAGAACAGAUUUACUCUGAUUAUGAAUUUGUUUUGUAUUAUUUAUUUCUACAUUUGUAGGCAGAACUCGAUAAAGUUUUAAUAUUUCCGAUUGAGCAUGAAAAACAUGUCAAAAAACAAACGCACCUCUCAUUUUCUUUCUUUCUUUUUGGUCGAGGGAUGUGAGGGUUGUUGCACCUGUGCAGAAUCAAUGAUCUCUGUACCAUGAUUCAUCAUUGAUUUUGUCAUCAUGACAAGAUCUGGGUUCUUAAACUUCAAAAUAGACUUUCAGGCUCCUCUUGUGAAACUCAAGUGUGUGUUCUCACGAGCCGGAUUUCUAGCACAAGAGAAUUAAUCACCAAUUUGUGUCUGGGUCUAAAGCUGUUUGAGAAUCCAGAUGAAGUGAGUAGGAGUAGACAGCUGCAUCUUCAUUUUGGAGGAGCUUUGAGUGGAGAAUCAACAAAACUGAAUUAGAACAAGAGUUAUUUUGGUGAGGCUCUGCCAAAGCUUGCUACAAAACACCAAGGACAGAAACAAAGACCAACACAUUUGAAGUGAGCUAAUGCCUGCAGGCAAACUCUGGUUAACACUGAGUUUCACAGCACUGCUGCCAUAUCAGCUCAUACAGUUGUUUGGUUUGCAAGUAUCAGACGAACAUCAUUGUUUUUUUUUCUUUUCUGGACUAUAUUUUGAGUGCACUGACAUUAAACUGGACCUGUUCAACAACAUCAACAUCACCGCUCUCCAUCUGUUCCUGUAUUUUCAUCAGAAGUUUAAGUGCAUCCAUCCAAAAAUAUUCAUUCUGCACUCGUAUUUUUAUGCUAGGGGCCCUAGUGUCCCCAAUCUGAUGAUGCAGUCGUCUCCUCCUGCUGUUUGAGCCAUCACAUGCCUCUCAUUAGACUGUAGCAGCUCAUAAGAAUUCAACUCAUCACACUGUUACUUCUAUUGGCACCGAAACGAUCUCAGAGUUGCUGUGUUGCUGCCUUCCAGAUAUUUUUCUAUUGAUCCUGGUCUUUUCAGUGAAUUCACAGGGUCAGAUUUUUGUUUGGAGAGUGAGAGGAGGUGUGAUUGCUUUGGUGAUGGGGCAGCUGCAGAAGCAGGGUUCUUAUGCAUUAGGUUUGUGUGUAUGGAUGUAUGUGUGAGGAUGGAGGUAAGACAAAUGCUACAGUCUUGUAGAAAGUCAGAGUAUUAUGUUAAAGAUGGUGACUGUGUGCUCGAGUGUCUAUUUGGGUGAGACGUGUUUAUGCAUGAGUGAGAGAAAGAGGAUUCAAACUUUCAAGGUGAAUCCAAUGAUGUUUUAUAUAACUCUUGAAUGUUAAAGGGAUAUUCCGACGUAAGAUUAAGUUAGGGUCAAACACACUGUAACACUGAGUUAGACACCCUGUCGAGAGAUGAAUGUUGCCGACUGCUUGCUUCUCUAGUUAUACCAGCUUUAGUAACGACCGCAGAAAGCAAUACACAGCGGUCUGAGGAGCCAUAAACAAACCUCGACCAAACGCCACUCUACAGCCACAAAUAAUGCUCAGAACAGCACCUAACUUCAUCAACAGUACAUAUAGGGUCACAGCCACAGCACUAGCCACCAAAUAUCUUUUUAACUUUCCCUAAUUUCUUUAGCAAAGAGACUAAACACAACUCACCUACUCUCUUCCAGCAGCCGCUUGUUUGUACAGAGACCUCAGGCCGGUCCAUUACGGACUACAGCGGGGUGACGCAGCUCAAGGAAGAACAUUUAUGAUCAUUUGUUCAUGAAAAUGCAGAGAAUAAGACGCUAAAGCAGAAGAACUACCGCAUCUGCAGUGCAAAAUUAUUAAUAUGAUGAUUAUUACUUCAAGGAAAUGAUAAAGUAAUGAUCAUAAAUGUUCUUCCUUGAGCUGCGUCACCCCGCUGUAGUCAUGAUGGACUUGCCUGGAGGUCUCCAUACAAACAAGCAGCUGCUGGAAGAGAGUAGGUGAGUUGUGUUUAGUCCCUUUGCUAAAGAAAUCAGGUGAAGUUAAAACGAUGUUUGGUGGCUAGUACUGUGGUUGGGACCCUAUAUGUACUAUUGAUGAAGUUAGGUGCUGUUCUGAGCAUUAUUUGUGGCUACAGAGUGGCGUUUUGGUUGAGCGCUUGGCUCUCUGUUUUGCUAUCUGUGGUUGUUGCUAAAAUUAGUAUAACUAGAGAAGCAAGCGGUCGGCAACAUUCAUCUCUUGACGGGGUGUCUCACUCGGUAUUAUGGUGUGUUUGACCCUAACUUAAUUUUACGCCGGAAUAUCCCUUUAAUUUCCAUGUGUUUACCACCUCUUCACUUGUCAUAACUCUCUCUGUUGUUUUAUCUUUCAGCUCUUUAGAGAUGUUCGAUAAUGUUCACAAAAACACAGGUAAGACUAUUUCAGAUAACUAGCAUGGAGACAUAAUAAAAAGGUCCUCUAAAAAUAAAACUGUCACCAAGUUUGAGUUUGAAAUAAAGCAACAAUGUGCUUCUUUGUGUCUGCAUGUUUAUGCUCUCUGACCCUUGCCUUUCAGUGCACCUCUUUUCAGCAAUCUAAUUUCUUGUUGCCAUGGCUCCCAGACACCCAUAGUCAGGGUGAAAUUUUUAAGCUUGACUUCUCAGGGGACAUUGCUUUGAAACAGAUUUUCGAUGUAGCAAUAAAAGCUGCAGAAUUCAAUGUCCUGUAACAGAUGAAGAAAAAUGUGUGUGAGUGAAUUGUGUGUGUUUGACAACAAUUUGCUUUGUUAACUUUUGGAAGGAAGGACAGCUGGCCUCAACAUCCCAGGGACAUCAUCAGUCUGUGACCACGAGGACCUAAAUGAUGGACACUGUUACUGCGUGAGGGUUAUCAUCGCAUUCUGGCUCCUCUGAAUAUGAACAAUGGGACAGCAGGACCAAAUGUAAAAUGAAACCUCUGCUGGUUUCCCUGCAAUGAUGAAUCUUGAUGGUUGAACAGGAUGGUUUGAUGGACCACAAUCACCCUGAGCUUUUGUGACUCACACUAUUAUGGGGCAUAUGCAUGAAGGACAUGCUGAGGGAAACAAUCAUCUCUGAAAUAGAAGUUUGUUUCAGAGGAAAAUGUAGUCUAAGUAGACUCUGUGCUCUCGGCUCUGAUUUUUUGAUAGAGGACUGAAGUUAUUGACUUGCAGUUGUAGCUGAAUCUAGAUUUAAAAGUUUUGUUGUUUCCACGAGUCUUUCUGUACUUUUGCUCUAUUGUUGUCGGAAGCAGUGCUGAUGUCAAAGAAGACUGUGACCUGAUUUAGUCCAGAGUUUGUUCCACAGGGACCAGGACGGGGACUUAGAGAGGAACUGCGAGGUGACAGACGAUGGAUCCUUGUUACUCUGCAAAACUUUAAACCGGUGCUGUUGAGAGUUUUGUUAUUUGUUGCUUGUAUCCAUUUGCCUACAAACAGUAUAUGCACCAGUAUGUGUGAAUAUAUUAAUGUGUGAAUAUGAAAGGAUAAUUAUAUGAAAUGCUGUUGUAUGAUACCCUCUCUUUUGGUGAGGGAAGGAAGGAGAUGUCUGUUGGCAAAAUUACAUCAAUUACAAAAAUAGUUUUAUUUAAGUGAUGAUAAAAGUUAGAUUUGCCCCUUACUUUAAUUCAAUAUAAAUUGGUACUUGAACCAUUAUUAUUUCGAUAAAAUGAUGUUUCACUAUCCGGAUCAGUUGUAAUGUCUGUCAUAUCACUCUCUUUUCCUCACGCUCACACAUUCCUCAUCAUUCCUCUCUCUUGGAAGGUCCUUAUUAAAGCUUUAGUUUGUUAUAGGUAAUAUACUGUAUAUAUAUUUGGACAGUUUUGUCAUUAACCAGUAGUAUUUAUUAAGUUUUACAUUAUGAUUAUGUCACAGGGUAAUGAACAACUGAGAUUGUGCUCAACUUAAAACCUUUGCAGCUGUUUGUUACAGUUUCUCCAUUAAAACCCACAAAAAUCUGUAAAUGAUCUGUAAGUAGACAAAAUAAUAAUAUACCAUCAUUUCUCUCAGCUGAGGUUUUUUUUUGUUCAGGAGAAGAGCCAUGAAACAAUCUAUAUUCACUGUAUGGACCUGUCAGCAGUGCCUUACAGGCUGCACCGAGCUGUCAAUCUUUACCAUAUUCAUGCCUUAGUGACAUCUGGAGGUGUUACCUGUUAUAGACAUUCCUUAUUUAUUUCGACAGCGGAAGAGGCUGGCAGCCUGGCACAUCUGCUUGUGGGACAUCAUAAUACGUGUACAUUUUAAAAACUUUCCAAUGCAGCCUCUGUGAAAACUCCAUGUUGUAGUGCAAUUUACACUCCAGAUAGACAACAUUACUUCCCUAUAGGUGCUUUUUAUUCUUUUUUCAUCUUCUUCUUUGUGAUCACCAUUAAAUUAAACUGAUUUUAGUGUUGUGAAUGUCAUCACACCAAUAAUCAGAAAGAGUGAAGGAUGAUCAGGAUGAGUGUUUGGGCAUUUAUUCACUUCAGCAGAAGCUCCAAAUCCUAUCCCCUUUUUCCUGAGUCUCAUUUUAGGGGAGUGUUUCUUCCACAGUCCUAAAGCAGCACAGUGCAGCAGUAAUAUUAACUCUGAAUCCCAUUAUGCAGUGUCCACAGACCUCUUGGAGGUCUCCUGAGAGUCUUUUCUAUAUGCAGUCUGUUAUUGUAAGGAGGACAUUUCUUUCAUUUUUUAUGAUGGAUCUUAAUGCUCUCUGGAAGGCAGUUGAGUUCUUUGAAAGUCUUUUUCCAUCAAUUGUUUCUACAAAAAAAAAAAAAUCUCUUUGUACUCAUCAAUUUAUAGAAAAACUUCCAAAUGCAGGUUUGUCUAAGUUAAAGUGACUCGCAGCCUCUUUUCUGACUAAUUGAAUCACUGGGCUGCUGCCAUGGAUACAAUCAAUUAUUUUCAGCUGUGUAUUGGUAACGAAUUAGGACAAAAAAAUCAACAUUUGUAGAGCUCCUUUUGUGUUAGUCACCAUCAAAAAGGUUUUAAUACAUCACACUGAUACAAAUGUAAAAUAAUCCUGCAUAAAGAGACAAAAGGGGCAUUGAAUAUUUUUUUACAGGUCUGUCUUUUAUUGCUCUGUUACUCUGCAUUUAGCUGAUUUUUCAUCUCUCAAACUCUAAUAAAAGCAUUCACCCAUA